AUGCUCGAAAUGAGCCAGUGACAGAUAUAAACAAGUGAGUUUAAACGAAUGAUAUGCACGAACAUGCAAUGGUUUUAGAACAGACUUAGACAAAAUGCAGCCGUAAAGUGAGGACCUUACCCAUGCAUGGUGCCGUGGGACUGCUGCCUGGCGUAACGGGUAGGUCGACUUACGGUUUGUGAGUCACUUGGACACCAUCCACGGCGAUGGAUUGAAGAAAGAAGGUGGUAGGCCGGAAAAGCCUGUAGGCUGGAUUCCUGACACAGCUCAGCUUAGAAACCUCAUGGCGUAAUCAAGUAAAAUGGCGUCUGGAUGACACGGAAGUGGAAACCAUUCUGAUGCUGACCUCAAGCGAUAUGGAGUCAGGUGACAAAUCUCCCACAAAUACAGGCCAAACGGCCUUAAUACAUAUGUAAUUUUAUUCUAACAGUAUUUUAAAAUUAAUAUAUAUAUAUAUUUAUAUCAAAAUACACUUAGAAUGUAAUAAUAUAUAUAUCUAUGUAUAAAUAAAUAAAUAAAAACAAUACAAAAUAUAUAUAUGUCCAUAUACAUAAUUACAUAAAUAAUUUUAUAAAUAUACAUGUAGACGUUAAAUAUAUAAAUAUGUAUAUAUAUUAAAAUUCUACGUGCAUAUUUAUGUAAUAUUUUUACCCAAUUAAGUAAUUUUAAUGAUUGCAAUUUGAGGGACAUGCCUGACAACCUAGGCCGAAAGUCCAGAGAAUUUAAUUUGCUACUACUGUGUUUAACCCUGUAACUUUCUAUGACACCCUAAAACCUGUACAUGGGGGGUACUGUUGUACUCGGGAGACUUCGCUGAACACAAAUAUUAGUGUUUCAAAACAGUAAAACAUAUCAAAGCGAUGAUAUUGUCAGUGAAAGUGACGUUUUUUGCAUUUUUCACACACAAACGGCACUUUCACCGAUGAUAUUAUUGCUGUGAUACAUUUUACUGUUCUGAUACACUAAUAUUUGUGUUCAGCGAAGUCUCCUGAGUAUAACAGUUCCCCACAUGUAGAGGUUUUAUAGUGUUUGUGAAAGUUACAGGGUCAAAUAUAAGGCUUGAUUUUACUUUUUUUUUUUUUAUUGAAAUUUGUCAGAUUGGUUAGGUUGCCUUUGAGAGCGUAUGGUAGCCCAGAAAAAAGAAUUAGCCCCAUGAUGGCAUAUCAUUUGCAAAAGAAGACAACCCAAGGUAUUGCAAAUGGGGUAUGUUCAGCCUUUUUUAGUAGCCACUUAGUCACAAACACUGGCCAAAGUUAGCGUUUUUUGCAUUUUUAACACACAAACAAAUAUAAAUGCUAACUUUGGCCAGUGUUUGUGACUAGGUGGCUACUAAAAAAAGACUAGACAUACCCCAUAUUGAAUACCCUGGGUUGUCUACUUUAAAAAAAAUAUGUACAUGUGAGGUGUGAUUCGGGGAUUUAUGACAGAUAACGGUGUUACAAUGUCACUAUUGAUAAAUUUAAUAUAUAUAUAUAUAUAUAUUGAAACAGCAAUUUCCUACUUGUAUUUAUAGGCCUAUAACUUGCAAAAAAAAGCAAUAAAGCAAGUAAACACUGGGUGUUUUUAAACUCUGAACAAAAUUUAGAAUCUAUUUAGCAGUUUUUUUCAUUAGCUUUUGUAGAUAGGUAAAAGAUUUUACAAGUAAAAGCCCAAAAACAUGUUUUCUUUUUCAAUUUUUCACCAUAUUUUAUUAUUUUUUUUAAAAUAAAAUAUAUGACAUGAUACAAAUAAUGGUAUGUAAAGAAAGCCCUUCUUGUCCUAAAAAAAACAAUAUAUAACUUGUAUGGGAACCGUAAAUGAGAGAGAGGAAAAUUACAGCUAAACACAAACACCACAAGUGUCAAAACUGCUCUGGUCCUUAACGUACAACAUCGCAAAAACAGGCCGGUCCUUAAGGGGUUAAGAGUAAGUGUGUUUAUUUAACCACAAAGGGAAUUUUCGAUUAUAAAAUAUACCGUCCAAUGUAGAAAUACCGUGUUAACAUAGAAAGUGUUAGUGGAAGUUAUAGAUGAAAACACAUGGUUUUAUUCACUAAAGUAAGAAUUAAAAUGUAAGGCCAAAGUUAUGCCAAAGAACAGCUAUUUCGACCUUUAACUUGAAAUUCAGUUCAAAUUCCAGAUUUUUCACUUUAGUGAAUAAACUGUUGAAUUUUUAGAUCCAUAUUAGUUAGUGGAGAAUCAGUAUUUAGCUACCACAACGAGAGGACAUAGUCUUAAAUUAGAGGGGCAAAGGUUUAAAAAUAAUAUCAAGAAGUAUUACUUUACUGAGAGGGUAGUGGAUGCAUGGAAUAGCCUUCUAGCUAAAGUGCUAGAGGUUAACACAGUGAAGGAGUUUAAAGUGAUUCUUCAGUGCCAGGAGAACAAAUCCGUUUUCCUGACACUGCAGAAUCCUGCAGUGCCCCCCUCCCUUCCACCCCCCAUCCCAUGUUGCUGAAGGGGUUAAAACCCCUACAGUGACUUACCUGAAUUCCGCGCCGAUUUCUCUCAGCGUUGAGUCAGGCUUUGCCCAUGCUCCUACCCUGCGGAGACCUAAUGCGCAUGCGGGGCAAUGGCUGCGCACAUUAGACCUUCCCAUAGGAAAGCAUUAUUUAAUGCUUUCCUAUGGGGAUUCUGGCGACGCUUCUAAUAGACAGUCACUAGAGGAGGACUUAACCCUGCAAGCUAAUUAUUGCAGUUUAUAAAAACUUCAAUAAUUACACUUGCAGGUUAAGGGUGAUGGGAGUUCGCACCCAGACCACUCCAAUGGGCAAAAGUGGUCUGGGUGCCGGGAGUGUCCCUUUAAGCAUGCGUGGGAUAGGCAUAAGGCUAUCCUAGAUAUAAGAUAAGGCCAGGAACUUAUGAAAGUAUUUAGAAAAUUGGGCAGACUAGAUGGACAGAAUGGUUCUUAUAUUUUAUGUUUCUAUGACUUUUGGAAUAAUUUGGGUGCAAUGUAGUAAUUUUUACUAUGUUUCAAAUAUAUUCCCAUUACUAGAGCACAUCAUAUAAUGUAGAAAAUCACUUCUUUUUUCCCCAGAUACGCCUAUUAUUACACCGGCUUGGGAUUUGGAGUACUGUUAGCUGCAUAUAUUCAGAUCUCCUUCUGGACCUUGGCGGCUGGUCGGCAGAUUAGGAAAAUUAGAAAGAACUUUUUUCACGCAGUUCUGCGCCAGGAAAUCGGCUGGUUUGAUGUUAAUGAUGCUGGAGAACUAAACACAAGACUCACAGAGUAAGUAGAAACAGAAACUUUCAGUUUCAAAAACCUUGAUAGCCUAUAAUAUUUGCAUGUCCCUCCGUAUUGCUGCCCUGUCUAACACUUAAGAGUAUGUGUGUCUCUAAAUGGAGGGUUCUUAAUAAGGCAACAGCCCAUCACUUUAUGUUGCAAUAAUUUUUUUUUAACUAUAUUGAAAUAUAAAUGCAGAUUUGCAAACUUACACCUUUGACUCAAUGUUGUAUCUGUUUCUUUAAUUAUGAUUUUCUGCAAUUUCUCCCUUUCUGAUUGAUGUUAAUGCUUCUGGUCACAGUUCCAGUUUCUUCAAUCAUGAAUAGGAAUAUAAGUCAUAUGUUCAAAUAUUUUGCAAAGACGUAAAUUUCUAUUCUUAGACCUUGACAGAGGGAGCAGAGAUGAAUCCCUGUGGUGGCAUCUAGUGCCACACUAACUCAACAUUUCAUGCUUCUAAGGUUUAUCAAAUUACCAAGUUAGGUAACAGUGACAAAUAUUAAUCAUGCUUAAUCAUGUGCUCAUUGUUUGGAAUCCCUUCAAAGGAACACUAUAGGGUCAGGAACACAAACAUGUAUUCCUGACCCUAUAAUGUUAAAACCACCAUCUAGCUCACCUCUCAUCCUCCCUUGCCUCUCUAAAUAUAGUAAAAUCUUACUUUUAUUCAAGUCUGCAGAUGCUGCCUCUGCCCCUGAUCUGCCCGCUUGCUUACAUCAUCAGAAGUGAUUCUCUGUGCCAAUCACAAUGCUUCCCCAUAGGAUUGGCUGAGACUGUCAAGGAGGCAAAUCGGGGCAGAGCCAGCACAAGUCAGACACAGCCCUGGCCAAUCAGCAUUUACUCAUAGAGAUUUAUUGAAUCGAUGCAUCUCUAUGAGGAAAGUUCAGUGUCUGCAUUCAGAGGCUGGAGACAGUAAAUGGCAGUACUGCUCACUGUGCAGCACAGCCCCAGGAAGCACCUCUAGCAGCCAUCUAAGGAGUGGCCUCUGGAGUUAUCACUAUGCUGUAAUGUAAACACUGCAUUUUCUCUGAAAAGACAGCGUUUACUGGAAAAAUGCAAUAAACUGUAGUAGUUCUGGUGACUAGUGUCCCUUUAAGAGAGGAAAUAGACGUAAUGUAAAUGUUUGAAGUUAUUAAAUGACAAGUUAGUGCACAUUAAAUAUGUAUGAAACUAAUGUGAUGCAACAAUUCAGCCACAGAUUGUUUAAAGAGUUACUAUAACCCUUCUUCAAAAAUUCAUGUUUUUUAAAUUAAAGUGCCUGAUUGUGCAUUUCUAUAAUGUGCGCCAGGGCAAAAUGCUGCAAAAAAAAUUUAAAAGCUUACUUGACAUCCAGUGCUCAUAGACUAGCAUGUGAUAGAUCAGUUUUGCCUUCUCAGAGCACAUGCGUGCUCUCUGGGAUGCCAAAGGAAGGGAGGGUUAGUGGACCAGGGAGGGCAGUUAAAAAAAUAAAUAAAUACAAAACUAAAUGCGGGGAGGGCUUUCUAAAUGAAGGGAGUGGAUAGCGAGCUUACCCUUGCACGCAGGUACAUGCUAAGCACUUCUGGUGCACUAGCAACAUAUGGUUUUUUUUUCAUGCACAAAAUUUACAUUAGAGAGCCUGGAACAGAGUUUUGGGCUCCCUAAGUCACAUGUGCUGGGGGUGCAACUUGUGUCCGCCACACAAGUGCCAUAUUUGGCUGAAGCACUGCACAUACAUACUCCUACAGCCAUGACCACUUCAAAUCACUGAAGUGGUCAUUGGGGUUGGAGUAACCUUUUAAGUAAAAUCUAUCUGGAGGGGAACGCAGUCCUGUAUUUACAAACUUGUUAUCAGGAAGAAUGUAUUUAUCAUUGUUUAUUAAAGGUGUUCUUCCCUGUCCAAAUGUGGCACAGGGAGCUAUUCAGACAGGAUAGGAAAGACUGUGGGUUGGUGUAAAAAAAAUAUUUUGUAGAAAUUAAAGCACACAUUGAUCAAUUAUUACUUUAAUGGUUAACUCACAUUAGAUGGUGCCAUCUGUUUACCGUGCUAGAUAACGUCUGAGCAAAUGAGUAGCACACCUCCCAUUAGACUCUGUGUAUUUACCUCUGGAUGCAGCAGGCAGGCAGAAGGCCUUUUCCAAAAAGAAGUAACACUCUUAGCCUAUCACGAGCUCCAUGAAUAAUGUAUGUACCAUCGGCAGAAAUGGUUGGGCCAAGAGGACAGGUGCCGUCUUCAUACAUUUGUGGCUAAACUCCUAGAAACGGCUUAACCCCAUAAGGUAAUACAGUGCUGGGACAUGAUAACACCAUAACGUUAUUGAGAUUAUUGCUUGUGAUUCCUGGAAUGAGAGGUUCCUUAAGAUUCUAGUUUAUGGAUCCGCAGCAGGUAGAUUAUAAACUGUCAGUAUGCAGUACAGCUACAUUCCUACUAUCCUACAGUGCCACGUGUGGUAUCCUAUAACUAAACACAUUGGCAUAUAAACCUAGUGCUGCCUAAUAUUUAAUGUGAGGCUUUGCACUUUGGACACUGUAUCUUUACAUUAAUGAAAUCGCAUGUAGUUCCAAAACGUAGAAUAGAAAAGCAGCAAAAAAAACAAAAACAAAAAACAACAUAAUGUAAGACAAUAAAACCAUAAAACGCCUUAUUUAUGGGCUGUCACAAAGCCGUUUUAUAUGUUUUAUUAUGGUCUUACAUUAUAUUUAAAAAGAAAAAUCUUUUACAUUCUGGGUUUUAGUACUUCAUGUGACUACAUUAGUGACUUACUGAAACUGAAAAUGCAUUUUUGUACUUUUCUUCACUGGUUUGUUGAUUGCGUGGGUUUUGUUUGUAUGCGGUUUGCUUUCUUUUAAUGUGUAUCAUAUGUUUAAAAUGUACUUUUCUAUUAACAUUAACAAGCACAGAACGUAGGUGCUCGCAAUAGUUUUCUGUGAUUGACUUUUGUUACUUCAUUAAUCAGUAUUUAUAUAAUAGGGAAUCACUAUGUUUGUCAUGCAAAUGCAAAAAGUUCAUUUAAAUAGCACUCUAGGAACAAUAUCAACUACCUGCUGAACUGUCCUUUUUUUCUUGGUUCAAAAUGUUUUCAAGUGGUUUGACUGAAACCAGGGUUCACCUAUUGAAAAAUAUUCCACGUCUUCUCUAGCAAUAUAAAUUUUUUUUUAAUUGUAAAUCCAUCAAUGGCUGGGUGCAUCAGCAGACCCACUCAACCAAUGAAUGGCAUCCUAAUUUUAAUUCUGGCGAGUGGGGUCAAGACUGUGAGUGCCUCAAGGAACUCCAGAUUUGGUCAAAUUGCAUCAAAGUCAAAUCACUAUGGUCACUGGGAAUUCUUCACUAAACAGUGAAUUGAAAAUGUGGAAGUAUUUUCCAAUUCAACUACAACUUCAAUAGUGCAGCAUUAGCCUGAAUUCUUGACUUUGGUUUUCCAUUCACUGACUAAUGAAUAAACCCUACUAAGUGCUGGAAGUCUUGAAUUCCAGGAAGACAUUUGUAACUCUGUGACCUAUAUUUAGCAGUGCUUUCUGGAUUGUGCCAAAGUAAGCACGUCAAAUGUUUCUAUGGAAACCAAUGCACAAUGUAAUUAUGUUUGUACAUCUAUCUUAGAUGAUCAGUUUUUAUAGAUGUGUGUUUAAAGAAAGGCUCUGUUACAAGUUAUUAAAUGUACACUUAAGCACCACCAACAAUAUAGGUUAUUGUAAUGGUUAUUGUGCAGUCUUUCUGUUUUUUGUCAAAAUGUUUUCAAGCAGUUUGACAAAAACACGUCUCAUAGAAUGUUCAGAUCAUAUUCACUUUCUUCAUGUGUAUGAAAUAUUGGUAUGGGUUAGUGGGUAAGCCUGGAUAAUGAAUGACAGAAUCUCCAUAAUCACCCACGUUUUGGAUUGGUGCUACCCCAAAUUCUAAAUGCGUUGCAAUAAUAAUAAUAAUAAUUAAUAAUACAUUCAGCAUGUUAAAUCGAUGCUUUUUAUUUUUUUAGUGAUGUCUCCAAAAUUAAUGAAGGAAUUGGUGAGAAAAUAGCGAUGCUUGUGCAAUCUAUGGCCACAUUCAUAACUGGCUUUGUCCUCGGAUUUGUUAAAGGGUGGAAACUGACUCUGGUCAUUUUGGCUAUUAGUCCACUCAUGGGACUCUCAGCUGCGGUCUGGUCAAAGGUGAGAGAUAGGGAUUUUUUGUUUUGGCAAAAAGUUGUCAAGCACAGGUUAAAUUUAAAAAAGAAUAAAAUAAAAUAGUGAAAUAAAUAUUGUUGUUCUUAUUAGCAUAAAUCUAAAGAAGUAAUGUGAAACAAAAUGCUAAAAGCCAGAACUAUUCCUUAAAGGGACAGUUCCAUUUACUCCAUUGUACUAGUUAUUUAGUUAUCAAGGGUUUAAAUAAUAGUAUUUGAAAUAAUCUAGUCUAAGAAUAAAACCUUUACUUUUAUGAUACUUGCAGUUACAUUGACAAUCUUACCAGUGGAAUGUAGGUGUGGAAGUGGUUUGGGGCAGGUGAACAGUGAUGGAAUGCAAGUGGGCUUGUUUUCGUAAGGUAUGGAAGAUUGGCAGGACUAUUUCAGCAGUGGCUGGACUGCAUUCCCACUUGAGGCCUUUCACAUAGAGUUCUGCUGAUGUGAUUCCACAAGACUGGAAGCUUGGUCCUACUCUGACUAUUCUGUUUCUAUAUUCUAUACAGCCAUCUGAUAAUAUCACUUAUCUACACAGUUAAACCCAUAACUCUUGCCCAUCAUCUCUGUUUGAUGGUGUUUAACCCCCUAAGGACCAAACUUCUGGAAUAAAAGGGAAUAUUGACAUGUCACACAUGUCAUGUGUCCUUAAGGGGUUAAAUCACCUUGGAGUCAUUGCGUUAGUUAGAAAUGCAAAUAUAUGUUGUCAAACAUUGGGACUUGAUUUAUUUCUGAAGCACUUGUUGUAGUAGACAGUCUUCUCUCUGGUGAUUCUUAUGUUUGUUCACAAUUCAGUUAUAAAAUGUUGUGCUAGUUAUGUACAUAAAGGAGUUUUAUAAAGGUUUUAGACGACAGAGAGUAUCUAAGCAUUUAUAUGAAAUGCCAUACCCUUUUCAUGAUACAGGACUCAUCUAAUGAUAUUUUAUGGGGCUCUGUAGGUGGAAAAGUGACCUGUAAAAAUAUUUUCUGAGCAGGACAUUAGCGGAAAAGUUGAAAUCUGGUUAUGCAAUUGUAAAAAAGGUCCCUAGCAGCACACAUAGAUAUAGAACAUAGAAACAUAGAAAGUGACGGCAGAUAAGAACCAUUCGGCCCAUCUAGUCUGCCCAAUUUUCUAAAUACUUUCAUUAGUCCCUAGCCUUAUCUUAUAGUUAGGAUAGCCUUAUGCCUAUCCCACGCAUGCUUAAACUCCUUUACUGUGUUAACCUUUACCACUUCAGCUGGAAGGCUAUUCCAUGCAUCCACUACCCUCUCAGUAAAGCAAUACUUCCUGAUAUUAUUUUUAAACCUUUGUCCCUCUAAUUUAAGACUAUGUCCUCUUGUUGUGGUACUUUUUCUUCUUUUAAAUAUAGUCUCCUCCUUUACUGUGUUGAUUCCCUUUAUAUAUUUAAAUGUUUCUAUCAUAUCCCCCCUGUCUCGUCUUUCCUCCAAGCUAUACAUGUUAAGAUCCUUUAACCUUUCCUGGUAAGUUUUAUCCUGCAAUCCAUGAACCAGUUUAGUAGCCCUUCUUUGAACUCUCUCUAAAGUAUCAAUAUCCUUCUGAAGAUACGGUCUCCAGUACUGCGUACAAUACUCCAAGUGAGGUCUCACCAGUGUUCUGUACAAUGGCAUGAGCACUUCCCUCUUUCUACUGCUAAUACCUCUCCCUAUACAACCAAGCAUUUUGCUAGCAUUUCCUGUUGCUCUAUUACAUUGUCUGCCUACCUUUAAGUCAUCAGAAAUAAUCACCCAUAAAUCCCUUUCCUCAGAUGUUGAGGUUAGGACUCUAUCAAAUAUUCAGUACUCACCAGCACAGACGCCAUUUCUAGCGAUUCCAGGUCAUCCGGCAUUAAUCUUGUCUCAAAUGGCAGAUAGUCAUUCCAUCCAUUUGUGCGCACAAUAGCUGUUGGACAUUCUGCUGAACAAGCGGAUGCCUUUCUUUUUCAUUCCGAGUGCGAAAACUCAACACCGAGGCUUUUGGGCCUGCCAAAAGUAUCCACAUGCAUACCUACUUCAUGGACCCUGGGGUAAUUACUUACAGAGACAUAGGACCUGGAUUCCAAAAGCCCCUCCAAUCUACCACAAAGGUACUCCGAGAUAUAGACCAAAUGCUACAUUAUCUCCUUAUGUUCUAGCUCCAGCACCAUCUGAAGCCUUCCCCCGCAAUUGAGUGGCGAACUCUUAGACCUUGGUCUAAGCUCCUACUGCACCAGCCCUGGAGGCCCCACACAUAUCGGAUGAUACUAAGCCGGCGACCAAAAAAUUACAUAUAAAACGUACGUUCAACAACUAUUUGCGGCUCAUCUGGCAGUGGUAAAGACUGAGGUGCAGGCUGUAAUAACACUCAUACAGGCUAUUGAGGAGAAUGUUCUAGACCAGGCUUCCCCAAACUCUGGCCCUCCAGAUGUUGCUGAACUACAACUCCCAUGAUUCUCAACCUAUUUCAUUCAUAGAAUCAUUGGAGUUGUAGUUCAGCAACAUCUGGAGGGCCGGAGUUUGAGGAAGCCUGUUCUAGACCUACAACAAGGUUUGACAGCACUAGGAGAAAGCGUCACAAAUCUGAGGUAGAUCACCUUGAUCACAGAGGUAGAAGAAAGAAAAUAAAAAUCUGGGGAGUGAUGGACUCUCUUCACUCGUAACUACUUUCACAUUGUAUCAGGCAGCAAGUGGCAUCAGGUUUACCUACAAGAUAACCCAAACACUUUCCUUUCGAUGAAGUUUAUAGGAUUAACAAAUCUCCACAGGCACCUACCACAGUCUAAUGUGAUAUUAUUCUACAUUGCCAGACAUUAGCUGAAAAACAAGACUUGAUGAAUGCAGUUAAGAUGAAGAUGCCUUCCGAGUUUAAGCCUUGUAGCCUCACACUUUUCCAAGACAUGAACAGAUCCAUACUGCUAUGGUGUACGUUUAUGCAACCUAUUACAAGUUACUCCAAAACACAGGACUUGCCUAUCGCUGGUCCACCCCCAGGUCGAUUAUAGUUAUUAAAGAAGGAAAAACAUACAACGCCUCCGAUCCUGCAGAGGACUUUAUGUUUCUAUGGCUCUGGGCCUUACAGAACAUAUCCCAGCAACGCUGAGACUAACUUCCAACUUUAUUUGCAAAUAGUUUUGUUUAUUUCUGUUUUACAAUCUUUUUUGUCUUCAUCACAGCAAGUUCCUGAUUGUCGCCGUUCCACCCUUCUAUGGUCUUAACAAUUUAUCAUAUAGCUAUGAUGCAGAUAAGAAUCCCCCCACUGUCCCAUGAGUUAGGGGUACUCAUUGACUUGGAGAUUUCAUCUAAUGUUCCUUGCGCAGUUUUAAGUAUUGUUUAUGCUGUUAUGGAAUAUUGAUUUGUCAGUUGUGUACCAGUAACUUUUAUAUACUCUAGUCCUAUCGCUCUAGCUUAGACUUAGCUGGUAAGAUAAUGUAAAUCGGGUGUAUUUACUUCACACUUGUUUGGACUUUGUUUUCUUCCAUUUUAAAAGGCGCUAUUUUAACUCCAACUACGACAGUGUCAGGGUACCUGUUGGUGCUGAAUCCAGGGAAGACAUCCUCUCUGUUUAGGGGCUCCCUGCCCCUAGCAUUUCGGCAUAUUCCGGCCGUUUUCGCGCCGGCCGCGCUAGCUCCUCCCCCUUUUAUGACGCGACGGCUAGCGUCGACGUCAUGACGUCGGCAUUUACAUAAAAUGCCGGGAACCGCUAUUCCGGACCUUUUGGGGGCGUGGUCUCUAUUUAGGUAACAGGGUAUUUAAAGGAAACCUUUACUACUGCUCAUUGCCCUGUCGUGGUUCUAGCUUGCUAGUCACUCAGCGCGUUCUCUAUCUUGUGUUUCCGGUUUUGACCCUUGCUUGUCUUUUGUCCUGUUGUCCUCUCCUCUCCUUUGACUCGGCUUGUAUCUCGCUUACCUGUCCUCCGGCUCCCUCGACCUCGGCUUACCUUUUGACUAUUCUUGCUUUGUCCCUACGUUAGUCCGGCCAUUCUAAGGUCCGGUAUACGUACCUCCUUCUGUCCGCACUCUGCGUAUUGGAUCCCUGUCAGUAUCCUGACAUUACGACAGGGCCAGAUGGAUCCUGCAGGUGCUAGUCCUCCUGACCCCAGAUUUGAGGCCAUGGACCAUAGAAUGGACCAAAUGGCUUUAGCAUUACAAACUUUGUUAACACGCUCCAGUACCCAGUCUGAAGAAAUACGUUCCACUGCUAGCCAUUCGCUAAGUACUGGUUUGGAAGUAACCACUGUAGGCGCAUCUUCCCAUGUCACUUCACCGUUACGAUAUGGGGGUUCGCCUGAUGCUUGUCGUGGUUUUUUAAACCAGAUAAGCAUACAUUUCGAACUUCAACCCCGGGCUUACCCCACUGACAGGGCUAAGGUAGGCUUUAUUAUAACCCUGCUAAUAGAUAAAGCACUUAGAUGGGCCAAUCCCCUUUGGGAGAAUGACAAUCCUUUAGUCUACAACUACACUGCUUUUGUCACGGCUUUUAGAAGAACCUUUGACCCCCCAGGAAGGAAGAUUAAUGCGGCCAGAUCCCUGUUACACCUUAAACAACAGAAUAGGACCCUUGUAGAAUAUGCUCUAGAGUUUAGAUCAUUGGCAGCAGAAGUGAAAUGGAACGAACAAGCUUUUAUGGAUGUAUUCUUGAAUGGGUUGUCUGAUGAAAUUCUAGAUGAAAUUGCCACAAGAGAACUUCCGGAAAAUUUAGAGGAUUUAGUAUCCUUCAUUUCCAGAAUAGAUGAACGCAUGAGACAGAGGCAGAACACUCGGGAAAGAGUUACUAGACUUCCUGUAAGACUCGCUCCCUCAUUUCAGAACCCUGACUCCUAUAAUCCUACUCCACCAGAACCUAUGCAAAUAGGUAAUACUCGCUUAUCUGAGGCUGAGAGACAGUACAGAAGAAGGGAGGGUCUCUGUUUAUACUGCGGGCGGAGAGGUCACCUACGUCUUAGUUGCCCUAAUCGUCCGGGAAACGCUCGCACCUAAGUUCCCUUAGAGGACGGGCCUUGGGUGUUUCAUUACUGUCCUCUAUGCAUAAUAAAAAAGACCAUAGGCUUCUGAUUCCUGUCUCUCUAGCUUGGGAAAAGGGGUUUAUUUCUACGAUGGCAUUAUUAGAUUCUGGAGCAGCAGAAAGCUUUAUAGACCAAACUUUCGCUAAUAAGCAUUGUAUCCCAUUCCAAUUGAGAGAUACACCCUUGGCCGUUGAGGCCAUAGAUGGUAGACCUUUAUCUGAACCAGUAAUAUUCCAUGAGACCGAACCCGUUAAGCUUACUGUUGGUAUUUUCCACGAGGAGUUGAUUUCCCUUCUGUUAAUUUCCUCCCCGGCAGUCCCAGUGGUACUAGGAUAUUCUUGGCUCAAGAGACACAACCCUCAGAUUGACUGGGAGGGUGGAGAAAUUGUUUCUUGGGGUAUGGGUUGUAGGAAAGAAUGUCUGCAGAGAGUUACUUCUGUUUGCCCCGUAAACUCUUAUGCUAACACUUCCCAAUCCACAGACGUUCAGAUACCAUUACAAUAUCUAGACCUCAAAUCUGUAUUUGACAAGGGUAAGGCGGAUACUUUACCUCCCCACCGGUCUUAUGACUGUUCUAUUAAACUUUUCCCUGGUACUAUGCCUCCCUGGUACUAUGCCUCCCAGGGUUACGGUAUACCCUCUAUCCACCAAGGAAAACUUAGUUUUAAAGGAAUACAUCAAGGAGAAUUUAGACAAAUGAUUUAUUAGAAAGUCUUCUUCUCCGGCGGGGGCGGGUUUCUUUUUUGUAGAAAAGAAAGACGGUACCUUACGUCCUUGUAUAGACUAUCGGGGAUUGAACAAAAUUACUAUCAGGAAUGCUUACCCUAUUCCUUUGAUUACUGAACUCUUUGACAGACUAAAGGGCUCGAGUAUUUUUACCAAACUUGACUUGAGAGGACCAUAUAACUUAGUGCGAAUUAAACAAGGAGAUGAAUGGAUGACAGCAUUUAAUACCCGUUACGGGCAUUAUGAGUAUACCGUAAUGCCGUUUGUGCUUUGUAACGCCCCGGCCGUCUUCCAAGACUUGAUCAAUGAAGUUCUUAGAGAAUUCCAACAUGAAUGUGUAAUUGUAUAUUUGGAUGAUAUACUAAUCCAUUCUAGAGACAUUAAUUCACAUCAUAGACAAGUCAGAAAGGUAUUACAGAAACUUUUACAACAUGGAUUGUAUUGUAAAUUGGAAAAAUGUAGCUUUGACCAGUCUCAGGUAACUUUCUUAGGUUACGUAAUUUCCAAAGACGGGUUUAUGAUGGACCCGACCAAACUAAAAUCGAUUUUAGAUUGGCCUUUACCUAAGGGACUCAAAGCCAUACAAAGAUUUCUUGGAUUUUCUAAUUAUUACAGACGUUUUAUUAAAGGGUACUCCUCUGUUAUCGCUCCUAUCACUAAUAUGACCAAACAAGGAGCCGAUACCAAAACCUGGUCUACUGAGGCUUUAUCUGCUUUCGAAACGCUCAAACAGUCUUUUGCCUCAGCACCUGUAUUAGUUCAUCCUGAUACCUCUCUACCCUUUUUACUUGAAGUUGAUGCGUCUGAAACAGGGAUAGGCGCAGUGUUGUCCCAAAGACAAAGUUUAGAUAAGCCGCUGCACCCUUGCGGUUUUUUUUCCAAGAAACUAUCACACACUGAAAGGAGAUAUGACAUUGGUGAUAGAGAACUUUUAGCUAUCAUUAUGGCAUUAAAGGAAUGGAGACAUUUGUUAGAGGGCACUGUCCUCCCAGUUACUAUCUUGACUGACCACAAAAAUUUAUCGUAUAUGGGGGAGGCCAAAAGAUUAUCUGCCAGGCAGGCACGUUGGUCUAUGUUCCUUACACACUUUAAUUAUAUGCUUACUUACAGGCCUGGUUCUAAGAACACUAAGGCAGACGCUUUGUCACGUCAGCACGAACCUAUCACCUCUACAGAGGACACUUUGUUCCCUAUUAUUCCUGAAGUCAAUAUUAUCGCCAACACCAAUGUCAAAAUACACUCUCCAUUGCUCGCUGAUAUUAUGAACGAACAAUCUCUUGCUCCCGAACGUACUCCUGUGGGCCGCUUGUUCGUGUCUCCCAAAUUCCAAGUGGACAUUAUUCGCUGUUUUCACGAUAGCAAGUUCGCUGGUCACCCCGGCAUCCACAAAACUUACUGCCUGAUCUCCAAAGACUUCUGGUGGCCCGGUUUACGUAGGGAUGUGGAAGACUUUGUCAAGGCUUGCAAUGUUUGUGUCAGGAAUAAACUUCCGCGGGAUCUCCCUUGUGGUUUAUUGCAGCCCUUAGUCGUUCCCAACAAACCUUGGGCUUGUUUGGCUAUGGAUUUUAUUGUUGAUCUACCAGCUUCCAGUAGGCAUACGGUUAUCCUCACGGUCCUUGACAGGUUUACUAAAAUGGCUCAUUUCAUUCCCUUGCCUAAACUUCCGUCCUCUCCUGAACUGGCCGUGAUAUUUGCUAGAGAAAUUUUCCGUUUACAUGGUAUUCCCAAUGAGAUUGUGUCAGACAGGGGUUCCCAAUUUAUUUCCCGUUUUUGGAGAUCCUUCUGUUCCCAGUUGGGCAUCAAACUGAAUUUUUCUUCGGCCUAUCAUCCUCAAUCUAACGGAGCAGCCGAACGCACUAACCAAAAAAUUGAGCAAUAUCUACGUUGUUUUGUUUCUGAACACCAGGAUGACUGGGUCGGUCUGAUUCCUUGGGCGGAGUUUGCUCACAACAACCUUGUUUGUGGUUCCACUCGUAAUAGCCCCUUUUUCUUGAACUAUGGCUUUAACCCUACUGUUCUUCCGUCGGUGUCUCCUUCCCAGGGUAUACCGUCGGUUGAUAUUCAUAUAGCCAACCUGAGAAAGUUGUGGGAUCAGACUCGACAAAUUCUUGCACGUAGUUCCGCGGUGUUUAAGUCACAUGCUGAUAGGCGUAGGCGGCCUGCUCCUAUUUUUUCUCCGGGUGAUAGGGUCUGGUUGUGUACCAGACACAUUCGCCUGAAAGUUCCUUCCUUGAAGUUUGCUCCUCGUUACAUUGGUCCUUACAGGGUGCUGAGGAGGAUCAACCCGGUUUCUUAUUUGCUGGAUCUACCUCCUACUCUACGCAUCCCUAACUCUUUUCAUGUGUCUUUAUUGAAACCUCUUGUUUGUAACAGAUUUUCCUCCCGCUCUGCUCCUCCAUCCUCGGUCCGUGUGGAUGGUCAGGAGGAAUAUAUCAUCAAGUCCAUCCUUGAUUCUCGUAUUUCUAGGGGGAAGCUGCAAUACCUCAUAGACUGGAAAGGUUAUGGUCCAGAAGAGAGGUCUUGGGUUCCUGGUAUAGACGUGCAUGCUCCUCGUCUUCUUCGGGCCUUCCACGUUCGUUUUCCUUCUAAGCCCGGUCCCAUCCGCCCGGUGGGCGUUUCUAGAAGGGGGGGUACUGUCAGGGUACCUGUUGGUGCUGAAUCCAGGGAAGACAUCCUCUCUGUUUAGGGGCUCCCUGCCCCUAGCAUUUCGGCAUAUUCCGGCCGUUUUCGCGCCGGCCGCGCUAGCUCCUCCCCCUUUUAUGACGCGACGGCUAGCGUCAACGUCAUGACGUCGGCAUUUACAUAAAAUGCCGGGAACCGCUAUUCUGGACCUUUUGGGGGCGUGGUCUCUAUUUAGGUAACAGGGUAUUUAAAGGAAACCUUUACUACUGCUCAUUGCCCUGUCGUGGUUCUAGCUUGCUAGUCACUCAGCGCGUUCUUUAUCUUGUGUUUCCGGUUUUGACCCUUGCUUGUCUUUUGUCCUGUUGUCCUCUCCUCUCCUUUGACUCGGCUUGUAUCUCGCUUACCUGUCCUCCGGCUCCCUCGACCUCGGCUUACCUUUUGACUAUUCUUGCUUUGUCCCUACGUUAGUCCGGCCAUUCUAAGGUCCGGUAUACGUACCUCCUUCUGUCCGCACUCUGCGUAUUGGAUCCCUGUCAGUAUCCUGACAGACAGACAUUGACUUAUAUACACUACACACUGGUGUUCUGCAUUGUUCAUGUACUGUUUGCACUUAUAUGUGACUCCUUGCAGCUGUUCUGCUUUACCUUCCCCAUACUUGAAAGACUAGUCGAAUCAAUACCUCAAUAAAAAUAUUGAUUGACAAAAACAAAAAAAAGGGCCCCUGUUAAAAUGAAAGUCAUGGUUCAAAUUGCAAAGCAAUGUAAAAUAUUGCUAUUUCAGAGAAAUGACACUGUACAUUUUGCCUAUAACUAGUCUAGUCUCUAGUACAUGUCAUAAUGACCGAAACUAGAGGCACUUCCUCCUUACAAACAUCCUUACAAACUAAAACCUUCAAAUUGCAUUUGGCAUCAUCACGUACAGUACACUGACACCAAAUUCUACUAAUGUUUCACUUAAAGACGAAGUGGAUUGUGACAGUAUGGAAACUGCAUUCCCAAUACUUCUCUGAGAAGCGUUAAAUAAGGGGCAUAUCAUUUCUAUCUGAUCGUCAGCAGAAAGCAGGCUGUCCCAGUGCUGGAGUGCUGACAUGCUAACAUUCAAUUUCUUUUUUUUGAGGGAGGGGGGAUUAUAUCAAAACUCAGUAAUUUUAAAGUUAGAAUGUGCCUGUAUCAAGGCCGAAGGCAGUAAUACUAAUCUUUAAAAUCUCUCAAAGACUCUUUGAUUUUACUGUUGAAUUGAAGCCAAGAAAAUUUAGAGUAUCAAAAGUGUAAAUUAGAAAAGGUUGCCCAUGUUAAGAAGAUGUAGAGUAAAUGACAACUACAUCAACAAUAUUGUGAUACUGUUAUGUAGGAUCAGCCAACUGUGAUAUCCUGCAUCCUCUAUAGGGCUAACCCUGAGGGAAAUAGUACCCUAUCCAUAACCCUCACUUUUUCCCUAACCUUUACUCUUUACCAAACCCUUAUCCAAGCCUUAACCCUAAGCGACUAUGAGGUUCUAGCGCAGGGGUAGGCAACCUUCGUAACUCCAGAUGUUGUGGACUACAUCUCCCCUGGUGCUUUACCAGAGCAUUAUGGGAGAUGUAGUCUACAAUAUCUGGAGUGCCGAAGGUUUCCCACCCCUGGUCUACAUAAUGAUCUUAGAUAAAGUAUACGUUUGCAUGCCAAGCAACAGUUCGCUUUUUACAUCUCACUUGAUCCCUUAAUAACUGAUUCCUCCUUUUAUAUAUCUAAAAAAUCUAGAAUGCAAAACGUUUUAUCUGUGUUGCAGUGCAGUGGUGUCUGAAUGUGGUUUUCAGUUGUUUUAUAUAAAUGGAGAAAUAGGCUGCACUCACGGUUUUCUGUAGCAGUUUUCGUUUUAUUUUAUUCAUCCAUUUGCUUGAUGGACAAAACACAAUACUGUGUGUGGGUUAAAGAGUCUUUAGGAGAGGUCGACGUUUCAGUCUUUUUUAGUAAACUGGUUUAUAACUGGUGCAGGACCUGACAGUACAUAUUUUAAAAGAAAUGAUGGGUUAAUAAAAAUUAGAUAAUCUUACACAUACCACUAACCCAAUGAGUUCCACAUCAGGCAGGUUGAUUUCUCUUAAAAUAUUUCUGGAAAAUGUUGGAUUAUUUAAAAAAACAAUCCUUAAUAGAAUAAAUGGUCGACAGUUUGAUGUGAAAAAGAUAAAUCCACUUUAAUGUAAAAUUAGUUAUGCUCUGUAGUAGAGGAUGUAAAAGACACUGUAAUAAGAAUUGACAGUGCAAAAUGAUGGUUUUCAUUGGAAAAUAUUUUAAAAUGUUAUUGUUAACGCACAGAUAUUGUCUGCAUUCACCAACAAAGAACUGACAGCUUAUGCCAAAGCUGGGUCCGUUGCUGAAGAAGUACUUGCAGCUAUCAGAACGGUGAUAGCCUUCGGUGGGCAAAACAAAGAAAUAGCAAGGUGAGAUAAUAUUUUAUUUUUACUUAUCUCUUUAAACCAUGGUUUCCUAAGCUGUUAUUUAACGAAAAAGCCCAUUAUGUCUAGCCAGCUUGGAAAAGCGUUAUGGGAGUUGUGAUUUAAAAUGGGUGCGAAUCUCCCUUAUGGUGGCUCCCAGCUCUAAAGUGGGACUGUCACUUCUGUGUAAUUCACAUAUUUAAAACUUUAAAAAUCAAAUGAUGCUUAUUUUAUUUAUUUAUUUUUUAUUAAAGAUUUGAGAAUUGAUAUCACAUUCCAUUUAAGUCCAGGCACAGAAAGGGGCACACACUUCAAAUGAGGAAGAGAUGUAGAAGUAUCCUUGAUACUCAUUCCCUGUGCAAAGGACAAUAAAUGCCAGGGAGCUGAUUUCUACUUUAAAUUUUAAUUUUCACACCUCUCAAAUACUUAUUUGUUAAACACAUUGAUAAAUAAACAUGCUAUUAAAAAUCUAGGGAUGUAACAGUUCCCCAUUUGUGCUUCAUACGAGGAUGAAUUCUGAUGGGUUUUUUUUCCUCCUAUAUCGUAUUUAUCAUCAACAGGUAUGAAAAGAACUUAGAAGAUGCCAAAAAAAUAGGCAUAAAGAAGGCAGUAACAGCCAAUAUAUCUAUGGGAUUUGCUUUCUUAAUGAUAUAUGCUUCGUAUGCAUUGGCAUUCUGGUAUGGUACAACUCUGGUUAUAGAUGAAAAUUACAGCAUUGGAAGUGUACUUACAGUAAGUGUUUAUUCUCAAAGUACUAACUAAAUGCUAUUAUUCUUAUAAAAAAUAUAGAAUGCAAAGUCGUUUAUCUCUGUUGCAGUGCAUUGGUAUCUGAAUGUGGUUUCCAGUUGUUGGUGAUGCCAAAUGGCUGUGCAUGAUAAACAAUCUAGUUUGCAAACAUCUGGUUGGCCAAGGAUAUCCAGAACUUUAGUAGUACCACCGUGAUACAAUGUUGUGUAGUUUUACGUGCCAUUAUUCUUUCUGACCUUGUACCAAAAUGGAGUAACUUGAUCAUGGAUGAAAACGUGUGUAUUUGUGAUGAUUACAUUGCUACUCUACUCACCUACAGACACACAAAUAUUUUAACAGAAUAAUUUUCAUAUCACAUGUGUAUAUAUAUUUUAGAAUAUAUCUUGUACAAAGCUACAUGACAUAUACCCCAUAACCAUUCCAGCUUAUUGUGGUGGUUAUAGUGAAAGCAGUCUUUGGGUUUAUUUUUAAUCAGUUUCACAAAAAUUGGAGCUCUCAGCAUAAGGACACUCACAGACAUAUUUCGACGUAUGGACACACUGACUGACCAUGGUUUACCACGUGGACUCUCAGACACUGCUGACAUAUGGGCGGCAAGGAUGGAACCUGGGAGAGGAGAGGGACGUCACCUCAGUGCAGAAACAGAUUUAGAUGGGGGUCGCGAGUCACCGGUCCAGACGGAGAAGGAGCUGAAAACCCACAAUUUUAACAAAUCUAUGGCUCCCAAUCGGGUCACUCCUAUUGGAGAAUGCUCAGGAUAUGAACACAAGGUCUCGUUCACGGGGAAAGUUGUUUGGGGCUUGCAACGUGGGAUGCCAAUGUUAAUGAAUCCUCAUUAACCAACCCCUUCCCUCCAAGACUAGCAUAUAGGUUCCAGCAGCUUUAUUCUUUUUGUCUUGACCUUUGAGAAAUACACACUAGCGCAUGGUUCCACAGAAAACGUAGGACUAUACCGCAUACGUUCAUUGAGUUACUAUUUUCUUUGACAUUUUCAAUGUUAUUCAGGGCUUUUACAAGACUGAUCUCUAAUAAAACUUUAAUUAAAAUAAAAAAAUAACUUGGGUUUUCCUGACACCCAAUGCCAGACCCCUUAUUAUCUGUACUAGUUCAUAUAAAUUUACAUUUCUGCAAGCCACAUCCUCUCAUUGCAGUUCAAAUUAAGACGGAUUACAAUAGGCUGUAGUGGUGAUGGUGUACAGUACAGAAUGUCCCUUUACACUGAACUUGUAUAGUUUAUCAGAGAAAUUAUCUUAGAAAUAUUAAAGGGGCACUAUAGCAUUAGGAACACAAAUAUGUAAGGAUUAGAUUAUUGGGGAACACCCCCAACAUAUGCUUGGGAACUAAGAUUAGGAAAUUCUUUCCCUGGGUAAUUCUAGCUCUCUACGUUAUAACUGUGGGGUAUAGAAACAAACACACACGUUAUUUCACAGUUUAUACCCAGCUUAUAUUAGGAAUCGCUCUGUCCCUGAGUAUUUGUGAACAGCCUUAGCCUUGCUCACAUCAAGCCUAUCUUUUUGUUCUUUCUCUGUAGUAACACAACUUCCCUUCCACUUUCUGUUGGCAUCCACCUAUUGUCAGUUCUGUGCCUUCUUGUCUUGUCUCUUACCAGCCAUUAUCUUCUUUCCAACACCGUUUAUGAAUUGGCAAUUCUCAAAUAUACUUCUGUUCGCUUGAUUUUGUUUUUAACUUCUCUAAUACUUCACAGUACCAUCUAUUUCUCUGCAAUCUGCUCUCUAAAGCAGAGCUAAUUAUCUGUAUACAUUAUGUCUCUACCCAAUUUAGUAAAACUGUUGAUGACAAUACUAAAUAUCCCCCUUACUAUAAAUAAAAUACUACAUAUAUCAGUAUACAAAAUAUGCACAGAAAACAGAAUAGGUAACGAAUAGGACAAUCCCUACGAAGUAAGUAAUAGCGUAGUCUUUACAUGACCUUUAAGAUUGUUUUAAAAAUUUCUUAUCUGAUGCUGUGCAUGAAUGUGUAUGUGAAUUGUUGUAUGUCAUUCAUCUUUUUUUUUUUAAAUUAAUUUUCUUACUUUAGGUGUUUUUCUCUGUCAUAAUCGGUGCUUUUAGUGUUGGACAGACAGCACCCAAUAUCGAGGCCUUUUCCAAUGCUAGGGGGGCAGCCUUUACAGUAUUUAACAUUAUCGACACGGUGAGUACUUUAUGUAGUAAGUGAUCUUAAUAAACAACAAUAAUGUUUGCUUGGAAAGAUGGCAACUGCUUUAUCCUUUUUUUGUGUUUUUAAUUUUGAAUUGCUUUAGUGAAAAUAAUAAGCAACAGAAAAGGCAUGUGGGUUUACUUACUAAACUGGAAAUUGUAGAGUACUAACAUGGAAAGUCCAAGUUGCAAGCAAACUUAUUUAUAAUGGAAACAUAUAUUCCUGCAAUAGUUGUCCUACAAUAGUUGUAUGACCUAAUCUACAAUGGCUUUAAAAUUGCUGUUGUCUAUUCUCUAUUAUUUCUGGCUAAGUAAAUUAUUGGUGUCGACAUCUAUACUCUGUCUGAAUUACUCAGCCCUUUCAUAAGAGCUAAGUUUUCAGCUAAUCUGAUAUAAUCGGACCAUUUAGUGCAUUUCAAAAGUUGCCAGCUUGUUAUCCUCAUUGGAAAUAUAUUGUUUUGUUUUGUUUCAUUGAAAUUGAAUUUGACUACUUAUGUUACACAUCUGAGAGCUAUUUAAUAUGUUUUGAUGAUAACAAAGAAACAGUCUUCUGUUUGAAAAUAUUUGCUUAAUGGUUUUAUUUCCUUUAGGUACCAAAAAUUGACAGUUUUUCCAAAGCCGGCAAUAAACCUGAUAAAAUUAAAGGAGACAUAGAAUUUAAAGAUGUGAAGUUUACGUAUCCAUCUAGACCUGAUGUUCAAGUAAGUGAAAUGAGUUAGAGGGGUAAAAUGGUGCAUUGUAUGUGGUUUUUUUGAAUGUAAAGUAAUCAUUACAUUCUUCUUGCAACAUAUUUUUUAAACUGUUGCCUGAGGAUAGAUAUACAGGGAGACAGUUUAUAAAUGAGGAGCAUACCCUGGAACGCCGGAAUUAGGGGCCUGUGUCUCAUAGUUCUAGAGUGUCAACAGGGAACACUGUAUUGAAAGAAGAGCUCAUAGAUGGUGACUGUGUUAAGAAAAGAUAUAAAAUUGAUCCAUCAUGAAUUCUGAGACCAAAAAUAUAGCAAUAACCAAGGAUUUUCUGAUGGAGCUCCAUUUUAAGAACUUGGUGUCCUUAAUCCCCAAAUGAUCUAUGGCAAAUCGAAAUACUCAUGUAAGACCUACUGUUGGGAAUUGAGAUAAAGAGCAGAAUCAUGAUACAUGUCGCUAUAGUUUGAUGAGCACAACAAACAUCAUUUAGAGGAAUAAAAAUGACAGCUAGUGAACAUUAGGCAGAUAAAGAAUGAUUCAGUAUAAGAUCCUAAAAAAUAGAUCUAGAACGUGCUGCUAAUAAUUGCUGGGGUAGGAUGAUAUUCUAUCUGAUAAUGAUUUUGGCCUUGUGUUUGCGGCAUCAAAAACACAAGGACAUGAGUGUAAAUGGAACAGUAUUGCCAGAAGGGAAGUAACUAAAUUCAAGCUGAUGAUACAGACACAAGUAAAUGGCUGGCUGUGCACCAUAGGCUUUGUACUCCAGCUAGGGGUAUGUCAUUCAGCUACCCCUACUGCAAAGUAAAUUCUAUAUUAGUAAUUCUAUUUAAAAUAUCUACCAUGGUCCCCAUUACCAAAUCUCUAGUUCCACUUUCAAAAUAAGCACUUUUUAGAUCAUUUUUAUUUUGCACAAUGUGACCAUCUCAGGGGUUCAACGAUAAUUGUACUAGUGCCAUUGAGACCCAAAGUCUAAAUGUAAAUGCUGGAAAUUAAGCAAUAAUUUAGUCUGCAGUAACUGUAAUACAGGGUUCCUCCCUUUCUUUAUUUCUUUAAAUGGAACUUCGAUUACUGGCGCAUCAGUCAUUAAUGUAGUUUGAAAUGUCCCAUUAUUACCCAAUCAUUAAAUAGGCUGCAUAUAGUAUGUUUAUUAACUUGCUGGUAGUUGUUUUGCCUUUCUUGUGUAUACUUGUUGAUACAGUGCGUGCAUUGCAAUGACAUUUCUAAAAUAAGAAUCAUAAGAAAUGAUUUGUAUCCCAAAGAUGAAUAGUCUAAAUAUUGCAAAUUGCAUAUUAAAAUGAAACCAUAAAUGCAGAUAAUGCAGGCCUGCAUCCAUGUAUAUGUCAUGUAUAUUAUCAUUCUGUAAAUAUACAUAUUCCAAAGGUCACUAUAUUUGCUGCGCAACUAUCGUCACACUGCCACUUCCCUGUGUACCCGAAAUAGCCACCACUCCUCUGUUUAUCUUCUACAACCAUAGCUUCUCAGAUAAAUAAAACAUAAACCUGACUUUUAAAAAAACGUUUCCUCGUAAGAAAGAGUUACCAUUCCCAGUUUUAGUUCCCGUCUUGUAUUUUUUUUUUGUGUGUGGAAUGUGCAUUUUGGUAAGUUGCACAGGUGUAUCUGAUAUCUCUAUUGGGACAAAAUGAAUAAUAUUGAUAUCUGGUUUAAUGUCCAUUGUUUGUUUGAAACAAAUAAUCCCUUUAUUCUGUUCUAAUGGAAUUAGAUCAGUCUUGUUUUGAAUGAUUUAUUGAUUAUAAUUGGUUUUCCUUUUUCUGUAUUUAUUGAAGGUUCUGAAGGGAUUGAACCUAAAGGUCACAAGUGGUGAAACUGUUGCUCUGGUUGGGAGUAGUGGCUGUGGGAAGAGUACAACAGUUCAGCUCCUACAGAGGUUCUAUGAUCCCGAACAAGGAGCGGUAAGGAUCCAAACAACUCCAUAAUCCAUAUAUUCACCACAUAAUAAUACUAUACAGGAUUCUGAUCCAUUUUAACUCGUUUGAAUUCGUCAUGUGUCUCCAAAAUAGUUCACCCUACUAGUAAGUAAUUAAAUGAGGAAUUAUAUGUCAUAUUUCCCAGGUAACCAUUGAUGGAGAAGAUAUCCGUAACUUAAACACCAGGUAUUUAAGAGAGAUGAUUGGUGUGGUGAGCCAGGAACCCAUCCUGUUUGAUACAACAAUUGCGGAAAAUAUCCGAUUUGGUCGUGAAAAUGUCACUGUGGAGGAAAUUGAAACUGCAGCCAAGGAAGCCAACGCUUAUAGUUUUAUUCUGAAACUUCCAGAUGUAAGUCCAUAUAUACAGUAUUUUCUUUAUACAUCAAUGUGUAACCUUUCUUUACAAUGCUCACUAGGGACAUACGUGUCAGGCUGGUGGCCGUUACAUUAUGCAUCAUUUGUUUCCAAACCAGUUAUCUUUUUUCCAUUCUCUUCCUCGAUUAUUUUUUGCAUCACGGUAUAAAUGUCUGACUGAUGUAUCACAGAGAUCCUAAUCAAUAAAGCAGUUUUUUUCAGUGCAACCGCACAUAGCUUCCCAGUCAUAUGUCAAACUCCCAGUAAUAUGCUGUGUGACUGAGUUCAUCAUCAGGCCCUUUGAAACAUACAGUACAGGGAACAGCAAGCUGCAGAUGUCCUCAACCAUCUAACCAUCUUUUUGCGUACACACACAGAGCAGGCACAGCAAUUCAAAACAACCAUAGCAGUAACAAACAUUGGGUAUUUUUUCCUUGCAUUCCCUUUGGACUCAAAACCCAUGGGUUGAAUAUAUGAAUUGUAUAAAUGAGCUUAGUGAGUCGUACCUGUUUCACAGCCAAAUCUAGUUGGGGAUUUUGAUAAAGCUUGGCAUAUUAGGGGUUCAUAAGAUCUGCAGAAGUGAAAUAUGCCUAAAGGAACUUUAUCUAAAAGAUCUAAAGCUCUAUUGACAAAAAAAAAUAUUAUUUUAGCUAACUGGUUAGAUUACUCAGACUAUACUUAGGAAAAAGAGCUGAUCACACCUCUUUCAAGCUGAUUAAUUGUUUUAAAAGGAUUUUAUAAAUAAUUAUGUAAAUUUCUAUUGCAGAAAUUCGAGACUCUAGUGGGAGAGAGAGGAACACAACUGAGUGGUGGACAGAAACAGAGGAUCGCUAUUGCAAGAGCACUUGUCCGCAAUCCCAAAAUCCUCCUUCUAGAUGAGGCCACGUCUGCUUUGGAUACUGAAAGUGAAGCUGUUGUCCAAACUGCUCUGGAUAAGGUAUUAUUUAUUUAGGUUAUGCCACUAAAAUAAUUUGCACAACCCUCUGGCAAAUAAGUAAGUAAAUCGCAUUUUUGUACAUUUACAAAUAUUUAUAUAUACAAUACUUUAGUAUGUAUUCACCACUCUUAGAUUAAUUUAAUAUAUAUUAAAUUAAUUGAAUAUGUGUGCUAUCAUCCUAGUUAUUAGUUAUGUGCUUUAUUCAUUUUAUUAUCAAGAUAUGUUAACACAUUUAAAUCAUGCUUCAACCAUGUUUCUUGCAGGCUAGGGAAGGCCGUACGACCAUCGUAGUUGCUCAUCGAUUGUCCACCAUAAGGAAUGCAGACACUAUCGCUGGGUUUGACAAUGGAGUCAUUGUUGAACAAGGAAAUCACAGUGAACUAAUGAAAAUACAGGGAGUCUAUUACAAGUUGGUUACCAUGCAGGUACAGUUCACAAAUAUAUAUAUAUGUCUCUCGCUAAACCCUCCGCACCCUGGCAGGGGUUUGUAGCUUGCAUGAUCUAUGUCCCAUGGAUAGAAGAACAAUUUGAAUCAGUUAGGCAGACCAUGUGAAAAGUCCAUAUACCAUAAUCUGUGGGAGAGCUAUGUUGAGGAUGUAUAGUCCUCACGAGCUUGUAGGCACCAAAUGUGUUUGGAGGAUCUUUGAACAGUACCACUAGGGUUGUCCUUGGAAGGGUAAGUUAGUGGUGCCAGUUGUAUAAAAUCCAUUUGAACUUAGGAGAUGACAAAUGUAAGAAAGUGACCCAGAAAAGCAGAAAAUGGCGUCUACUUAGUCUAUUACUUUGCCAUGUAUGUUGGGUUUUUUUUUGUGCCCAGACCUCAGUAUGUUCUGCACUACCUACAACAUAAGCAAAACAUGCAGUUUUACAAGAUUACAAAAAAAGAAAAAAACAACUGUAGUCAAUGUUAUUGAAACCCAAUCUCUCUGGAAUACAAUAUUACAUUUACCCCAACGGGAAAGGUGGAUCAUUCAAAAAUAAGAGGCAAUAAAAUGAUGACAGUGGUUUGCUAGUUGGUCAGUCCUCACUGAAUUUUGCAGGUUAAGGUAUACAUGGAGAUAGGGUCAUCUGUAUAGGGAACCCUUAUACAUAUACCCUCUAAUAUAUUUAUUAGAUAUCUGCUCUAACUUUAGACCCUUGGAUUUUCCUAUUAUUUCGACCCCCAAAAUCUAUUUAAUAAAGUUAGUUUAGCUGCUGGAUGCAUCCUGGUUAGAAAUGGAGCCCCCACAAGUGAGAGAGGUCAUGAUGGAAAUUAAAGAGACGGCCUAACUGGUUUGGUUCAUAACACCUUGCCAGCAUUUGAAAAGACAUGACUUCUGUGGAAAGAACGUGUCUCAACGAUUUAAUUCAAGGUGACCCCCAAUAUGUGCUGACCCCUCAGUGUCAGCACACAUCGCCACUGCGGGUUUCCCUUUUUAUUUUUUUUCUAUUCCCUUCCCUUUUGUCUUAUUUUACUCUUUUCUUUUUAUGCAUUUAAUGUAUUCAUGCGUUAAACUGUAUGAGCAUACGACAUCAUUGCACAAAUCAGCUGUUUAUGUAUGUAUUGUUGCUCGAUUUUGGGAAAAAAAGAAAGAAAACAAAGAAAGUUGCUUUAACCCCUUAAUGACACAUGACAUGAAGUUUGGUCCUUAAGGGGUUAAAGUGGAGAUAAUUAAUUCACUGCUCAGUAAAAUAAUAUUUCUUUGCAGACAAUAGAAACACACGAAACACACGAUUAUGAAGAGGUUGAUACAUAUGAAGAAAUUAUUGAUGAAAAAUCACCCACUCUCAGCCAUAAACAUUCCCGUUUGGUAAGAAGAAAAUCCAGUCGGCACAGCAUGAAAAAAGUACCCGAGAAAGAGGAGAAAGAAAAAGAUAAAAAGGACGAAACGGUGAGUGGUUUUUAGAUUUCAGGCGACCUCUGCAAGAGUCAAAAUAAUGAAAAAUAAAAAUAAAAACAUCAGCACCAAAAACAAAGUAGUACAAAAAGUAUAGUAGUACAAGUUCACUAUAUAUAUAUAUAUAUCAUUAGGCACAUUCAGACAUGCAUUUAUAAUGUAAAUAUAUUUCAUUUAGUAAAAUGGUGUGGUCCUUUAAAAUGCUAUAUUAUUGUAUGCAAAAAGGAAAGAUGACUUUGGUCAAAGUGUAUGCGUUAAGUCUAAAUAAAAUUAAAGUACAUACAAUUCCAUCUAUAGAUUGUGCCAGGUGAAACGAUAGCAAUUAUAUAAAUUUUAGACUUGUGUGCUGACAGUUGAACGAUAGGGAAACAGCAGAACCUUUUUGCAGGUAGAUCUGGUAAGGAUGGUCUAGGUGGAACAUAAUUUAUAUAAUGAAGUGUUCAAAAUUUACAGCUAAUUAUUUAUGCAAGGAGUUAUAAAAUGCAUUUUUAAAAAAGAUUUUUAUGCUAUUCUAUUUAUAUUAGCUCGGCAUCAUACGCAGUCUUUUAGUGGACUUGAUUCACUUUGUUUUUCUCACUUGUGUUUUUGUAGGUUGACGUGCCACCAGUCUCAUUUUUUAAGGUUAUGAAGUUGAACAAACCAGAAUGGCCGUAUUUUGUGGUUGGCGUUAUAUGCGCAAUUAUCAAUGGUGCUACACAACCAGUUUUUGCUAUUAUUUUUUCAGAGAUCAUUGGGGUACGUAAAAUAUUUUCGUGAUGGACAACAAAUUAGUGGAGAAAAAACAUCUACUGCACCUUGAAAAUAAUAAACCAUUAUUGCAGAUCUUGAAAGGAAAUAACACCGUGUAUGUUUCCCUUUAAAAUUCCAAACGGAAGCAACAAAGUAAAGUAAAAAGUGUUUGGGCUGGUAUACAUACAAAAAAAUAAUUUUAUAUAUAUAUAUAUAAGCUGUGGGUUAAAAAAUAAAUAAAUAAAUAAUGCAACUACCCCAAAAAGGAGAGUGACUAUUACUUAUUAAAGAUAAAAAUAAAUAAUAGGGGGCGCCAAAAAGAUUUCUAAAUAACUAAAACAACUAACACAAAAAAGCCCAAAUAAGCCAUAAUAUGGCCAGUGGGAGCUCAUUAUAAAAUAGUCUGAAAAUUAGUAUAACAGUGGGGAAAGAUAAGCCAGUGACAUCCCAAUGUGCAGUUCAGCUUGGCGGUGGCUUGUAUUUCACCACUUUUCAGUCUCCUUUACAAGGAGCUCCCUUUGAUAUUUUUUCCCAAUAGGACUUUGGACUUUUGGCCCCCCUGGUCAUGCACCAAGGAUUAUUUUUUUUUUUUUUGUUGUUGGCUGCAUAUAGUCCUUAAAUUGCAAACUGUCUAUCUCACCGAUCCUAUUGUAUUUGCUAUGUGCAGCUGAUGUGUUUUUAUGUCUAUGCUUAUUUGUAAAUGAUAAUUACCCUCACACGUGGCUUUUUAUUCUUUAUACAAUAACGGUAAAAUAGUUAUUUUUUGGGGCCCCCUAUUAUUUAUUAUGAUACACACAUAAUACAUCAAUAAAAUAAUUGAUUUCACUUCUUUCUCACUAUAUGUGCUGAGAGUGGUCAGAUUACUUCUAUUAAGUGUUUAAAUGUGUCAGUUUUCACUGUUUUGUUUCCCCACAUAAUGGCGUUCUCCACCACGUACCGUACAUUUCUUUUUUUUUUUAUUAAAGGGAGUUUCUAUAUCCUGCCCCAUUUAAAUUGGAUCACAUGUAUAUUUGCACAAUCGUCUUUUUAUUUCCUAAGAAAUAGGUUAUAAUGCAUGGAUUUUACUAGCUAUAGUACAUUACAUCUUCCUGUUAUCCUGCGUUCCAUUUCUUGAUGACCUCAUUGGGUUUUUUUGCAGAUAUUUGCAGAUAUAGGACCUGAUACCAGACGGCAAAGUACCAUGUUCUCAUUGCUGUUUCUGGCACUUGGUGGAGUUUCUUUUGUAACCUUUUUUCUACAGGUAAAUAUUUUAACUUGUUUAUCAGUGCUGUGAGAAAUACACCUUUUUAUUUAAUGUUUGUGGUUUGCUUUUUUUGAAACAUUGAUGUAUUUUAAUUAAACCAAUAGCUUCUGAUAUUCAAAAUUGAAAAAAACAAAUCUACAUUUAAGUCAAAAUAACGGAAUCAUCAAAAUUGUUCUCUUCUGACUACCUCUAAAGUCUGAAUGCAGUCCCCAUACCCACUCCUCCCUGUUUUCAUUAUUUCCUAAUACUAUAGCGAUUGUAUUCUCCCUGGUUCUCCUGCUGUCCCCCCACUCCUUUCUAGACUCCCCUGUCCACUUCUUCCAAACUCCUACUAAACAAAAAUCAACUACUAAUACAAUGUCUGUUACUGUCUGAUUAUCACGAAGCACUCCAAUUUGACUCACCCUUCUCCAGCCGUUACCUACUCUCUCCUGACUGCUCGUCUUUAACCGCCACUGACUGCUUCCUGACUCUUCUUCCCAUAACCACUUGUGAAUUCUUUCUGAAUCCUCCUCCUGAUAACAAUAUAUAUAUAUAUAUAUUUUAAUAUUUUGAAUCUUCUGUCUGAUACCUCUACCCCUCCUUCCACCUAAAUCCUACUCUCACAACCUCUCCCACAGUCCUACCAUUGCUGUCCCUUCUCAUUUUGCCUUCUACUCACAAUCCCACAAAAUGCUGUAAAUCUGAACAACAUACCAAAAUUUGCCUCAACCUCUUUCUGAAUCCUGGACCGAAUGGAGAGUAUGACUGAAGAUUCUGAGUAUACAGUAUUUAAUUGCAAAAUCAACUAAUAAAUAGUUUUUUUUUGGAUGAGAUGACCAAGUGUUAAGAGAUCCAGAUGAUAUGGUGUCUUUGAGUAACUGUAUUGUUUCUGGUGAGAGAUUAGGGGAGAAGUAAAAGUUAAAUAUGCCCUUGAUAAAUAGUUUAUUAUUAUAAUCAUCAUUAUUAAAUUGCCAAUAUCACUAGUGGUUUGGGAAUUUUGCCGUUAUCUAAUUAUUAAUUGUCCACAUAAGGUUUGCAGUUCCCUGACUUAUACUUCAGGGUUAUUCUCUAAGCUCUGCAAAUAUGCAGGUUAUUCAGAAUUUAGUGUUUCCAAAAUAAUUCUCAAAAUUGCAGUGUGGAAAUUUACAAAAUGCAGUGUUGUGAUUGAUGUUCUACAGUUCUCAGCAAAUUGGAAUUUGUUCAAAUGCCACAGAGAAAAAAAACAUUCAGAUAUUUAUCAAACACUAAUAGUUUACUAAACUACUUCCAUACAGGAGGCACAUUUGGAGAGCUGUGUUUGCUUGUACUUGUGUAUUUCAAUAAAUAACAUAAAGCAAACAGGGGUCAAAUGGACCACCUAAUAACAAAAAGGGACCUGAAGAUGGAGCCCUUACUAUUUUCUCACACUACAUGUGGUUUUGUAAGGGUUAAUAACAGAGCACUCAUCCUGAAAAUUAUUAGGGAUUAAAAUAUGAUUAUGGUGUCCAAUAAAUGACCGAUAAAUAAUUGCCUCUUUUCCUCAUGCAUGAAUGUGUUUGUGAUGAGGGAUGUUCAUUCCCCAGACCGAUUACUAACUAGCCAUUGUUCAUUAUGGUUAAAUAACCAGUACUCGCGAAAAUAGAAGCUUGUCAAUGUUGAUUAGACAGAACUUCUCAACCAUUUCUCUUACCAAGUACCACUAGGAAUAUAUUAGGCUAGUGGAGUCCCCGGAUUGUUAUCAAUGUCUACUGGUACCCGUAAUAUCAGUAUCUUCUAUCAAACUAAGCUACAUUAAUGCAGAAGUACCAAUAUGUCCUUUGUAGAAUUAACAUGAGCUCUUUAUACUUAAUAGAUUUUUUUUAUCCUGCCUUCACACAGGGAUUCACUUUUGGUAAAGCAGGAGAAAUUCUUACAAAGAGACUCAGAUUAAUGGCUUUCAAAGCAAUGCUGAGACAGGUACGUCAACAGGUUUAUUUCUAGUAAAAUUGGUCUUUUAAAAGUGUCAUGACCUGCAAAGUGAUGCAAAGUUGAAAAAGUGGCGUAAUCAUCAGUGGAAUACAGUUGGGGAUUCCAUACGAUCCCAUUGCUACUGCUACAGAACUUUGCGCACUUUUAACCGAAGACUACUACGAUACAUUUAAGCAAUGAUUUUUUGGUAUUUUUUUUUUAUUAGCAUGUGAUAAUAGAUUUGUUUGUAUAGUCUCCUUUCUAGAUGUAAUGUGGUUUGUGCAAUAUUAAAAAUAUAGCUGUUGGCUUGUAAAUGGGAGAUUUUAGGUCUGUUAAUAAAUGUCAAAUUAUAGUCCGUUUGCAACUUCCUCAGUUUUGUCUGAAAUAGCUGUAUGCAAGCAGCAGAUGUAGCAAAAAUGUUCAAUCUUUAUUUAUUGUAUAUAUUGUCGAUUAAAAGUGCGUCACUAACAAAGCAAUCAUAGUGAAACUAAGACAAAUCACAAGAUAAAAGAAAGAUCACUAAUAUUUCUUAUUACUAAGAAAAGAAAAGUCCCCCUACAAAGUAAAAAAAAAAAAACAAAAAAAAAAGCGAACUCUGUUUAGAACUUCCACAAAUAUAGGGGAAAGCCAUGAAGUAGCACCAUAACCACCACAGGGUACUUUAAGAAUGGCAUGAGCCUAGAUUAUUGGCUGAGAAUAACCAGCUGACACUCUCAGCCAAUGAGCACGGUAGCGCUUAGCUCACAAGAACUAACUUAGCUCAUAAAUUCGGGUUCUCCUGAAGGCUGCAGAGAGGCAGGGAGCAUUAAAUGGUGGACCCCCAGUAACCGCUAAUGGUUAUGGUGUUUGAAGUGUUUCCUUAAUAGAAUAGAAAACUGUGUUGUAUUAAAAGAACAAUAACCGCAAGUACUAAAGUCGAAAUGUACAAAAGGAUAUAAAUAUAUAUAUGCUGUCAGCAGGAUUAUAUUUACAUAUGUAUAUACUCUCUGUAGAAAUAUGGUUUAAAACUUAUGUAUGAUAGAAUAAAUAUAUACUCCUUGUAUAGCGAGACUUUCUUUCUCCAUUGCAACAAAAACAAAAGGAUCACAUAACACAUUGAAACGUAUUACUUUCUGUGUUAAAUCACAGUAAGCUAUUGCAUUAGACCAAGCUCAUGACCGAGGCAAAACCGAAUCCACAUAAACGAGAAAUAUUAACCAAAGUGGACUAACAUUACUGUCUCCACUUUGUGCCAUAUGGUACAUGAGUCUGUAAAGCAAAAACCCAAAAUGUUUUUCUUAUUAAGGAACAGUACCCAUUCUGUUACCUUAUCUAGAUUAAACUCUUUACAAUACCUUUAAAUUGAAAACUCUAUUUGAUUUCUCAACAAUUAGAAACAUGAUGAUUAUAUGGCGGUAUUUGAGUGACUACUUUCAAUAUCAAAAAUAUGUUCCUUCAUUGUUUUAUUUUAAGUAAGUGAGGUUUGACCUACAUAUGAGGUAGCGGAGAUAGACCAUUCAGAAAAGCGAGGGGACUAAAUAAUUCAACAGAUUAUUUCGUAUAAUCAGAAUAUGUGUAAAUGGUGUAGUUUAUGUAUAAUCUGUUAUGCUAUAUUAUUACAUUAUUAUUAUUAUUACUACUAAAGGAGUAUAUAUAAUAUACUAUCAUACGUUCUAAAAGCGAUAUGGAAUAUUUAUAAUAUGCUAUCAUAUAUGUUAUCAGCAGUAUAGCACAUAUAAUGUAGUAUAAAAUAUUAUAAUGUUUAUUUAUUAUAAUCAUCUAUAUAUAUUAUAUCAGUGGUGUAAAAAGUGUAUCAACUAAAAACAAAUGUACCUAUAACCAAAAUAAACCUCAGAAAAAUCCCACCAAAAUCACAAAAUGUAUCCCCACAGUACACUCUCAGUAAACUAGAAAGUUCACCUUAAAGAACAAACAGUAAAUAAUAUAGGUGGUGCAAGUACAACUUAAAAUAGCAAAAUCACACUUAUCUCUUUAAAGGGACACUAUAGUCUCCAGAACCACUACAGCUUAAUAUAGCCGUUCUGGUGUCUAUAGCCUGUCCCUGCAGGCUGAGCACUGUGAACUCUGCCUUUUUGAAGAAAUGGCAGUGUUUACAUUGCAUCCUAGUAACACCUCUAAAGACAUUCGCUCAGACAGCCACUAGAAGUGCUUCCUAGUCCAGGGCUGCACCCUGUGCAAUACCUGCAUUCAACGUCUCCAUGCUCUACAUGGGGGCGCUGAACAUUCCUCAUUAAGAUGCAUUAAUUCAAUGCAUCUCUGUGAGGAGUUGAUGAUUGGCACAGCGUGGCGUUUUGUUGUGCAUGUGCAAUAGCCUUACUAUGGGAAUGCAUUGGACUGAUGAUCUCAGCCAUGGAGAUUGGGUCAGCCUCUGCAAGACAGGUGCGGCAUAGGAAAAAAGAUUAGGAAAAACACUUUUCAAAUGUGAUCAGAAUUGGGCAGGUCACCUAAAUACAAAGUUUGUGCUGGUGGUUUGUAAGAUUGUCACUAUUAUACGUCCCUUGUUUUAAGAAUAUAUACUAGGUUGUUUUGCUAUUUUUAAACCCAUUUAUUGCAUCCCAGUGCGUUUGCUGUGGAGUGACCACCUACCUACUAGUGUUUUUUUGUGAUUACUGUUUAUGUAAUUGUCCACCAACAUAAUUAUUGAAUAUACUAUGAUGUAAUGUUAUUGAUUUAUUGUAAUGUAAAACUUAUUUUCUAGUGUUAUGGGGCAGAAACUUUUGCUGAAAUUCUCUUUGGAAAAUGUCAGUUAAAACUAAAUAUAUUCUAAAGAGAAUUAUACGAUCCACUACAAACUUUACUCACCUCCUUAAAUAAAGCUCCUCUUUUAUUUCAUAGGAAAUGGGCUGGUUUGAUGAUAAAAAGAACAGCACUGGGGCUUUAACAACAAGACUGGCUACUGAUGCUUCCCAAGUGCAGGGGGUAUGUACUUUUCUUGUGAUUAUGACUAUUUAUAAUAUUAUUUACUAUUUAUUGAGGAAUGAGAUGCUCGCUGAUCAGUGGAUCCAUUUAUGUUUGUUUUUUGUUUCUGCUAGGCAACCGGAGCCAGAUUGGCCUUACUUUCUCAGAACAUCGCAAACCUGGGCACUGCGAUUAUUAUCUCUUUUGUCUACGGGUGGCAACUGACCCUCCUGAUAUUGGCAAUAGUGCCAGUCCUUGCCAUCUCUGCUCUUAUAGAAAUGAAAAUGUUUGCUGGGCAUGCAAAAAAAGACAAAGAGGAAUUGGAAGUGGCAGGAAAAGUAAGUUAAAUAUGUUGUUAUAUUGUCUUAAAAGUUUAAUGUGCAAACCUUGAAGUGCAUGUAUCUGUAUCUGGGUUAUAUUUUUUCCUAUGAUAAUGGCUUAACUAGUGUGGUAGUAUGUGCAGCAAUUCUUUAUGGGUUAUAUUCUGUUAAAUCAAUAUAUUUUUCACUCUUUUUAAUCCCUUAAAGACACAUGACAUGUCAUGAUUCCCUUUUAUUCCAGAAGUUUGGUCCUUAAGGGGUUAAAAUGAUAGUACUUUUGAUUAUCUUUUGUGUUGAUUGUUACAUAAGUUCAUUUUCUAGAAAAAAAAGUAGAUAUUUAGAGAGGUCUCAACUUUUCUGAUCAAAUUCAAUGACCUGUUUCACUCCUCAACACGCAGUAUUUCCCACUUAGCACCAAGAAUUUUGCUGUACGUGAUGGGAGUUGUAAAUCCACUGUUAGAAUGGUACACUAGAUAGCUGGUUGUUAAACUAAACUCUGAAAAGGUCAUGCUGUACCCAUAAAGCACUACUUAGAGUACAUACACCCACAAUGCUGGCAAAGCAUCAGGGGAGAUGUAGUCCACAAGAUCUGGUGAUCCAAAGGUUGCCCUCCCGUUAUUUAAAGUCAAUGAUUCUGUAGAAAGGCACGUGAGCAUUUUGAUUGGCAGAGAGUUCACUAUGAACACUACAGUCUGGUAAAAUGCAACAAGGAGUCCAUAGGGUAAUUUAGAAGAUCUAAGAUUCUCAAUAGGAUUUAAGAGGAGAAACGUCCAGGUAUCUAAUGGUAUUGGUUGAGACAGUACUGACUCAAAUGAUCAUUUAGAGAAUCCCAAAAUAAUGCAAGUAGUGGGCAAGUCAAUCACAUGUGGAUCUAUGGCCUUUUUUGCCAACACAUUGUCCAGCACACAUCAGGAGUACAUCUCAUGCGUUGAAGUAGCUCAGAAUGGGCCAGAUCUAGCCCAGGGUGUUCUUGUAUGUGAAAUAUUGUAGAUUUGAUUUUCAAGUAAUAUGAUGUGCGCCCAAACAAUUCUUCAAUAUCAUUCUAACAUUUCUCACCCAAUAAAGAUCGCCACUGAUGCUGUUGAAAACAUUCGUACUGUUGUGUCGUUGGCACGAGAGUUGAAAUUUGAGGCACUUUAUGAAGAAAAUCUGGUUGGUCCCUACAGGUAAUAGAAAAAAAGAUAUAAACAAAUUUUAGCUGAAAUUCUGCCUUACAUGACACAAGUCUAAAAUAUCUUCUUUUUUUGUAUUAGUAAAAUGAACAGUGUUUAUUCACAAAGUAAAAAACUUUACAGUUAUCUGUAUCAAUGCUGUUCAUAGCACUCCUAGCACAUUCUGUAGAGCUCCUUAGUGGGGGUAGCUCUGGGAUAUUACAGAGCCCCAGUAAUGGGCAGUGUGUACUGGGAUAUUACAGAGCCCCCAGUAAUGUGCAUCCUGUACUGGGAUAUUACAGAGUACCCAGUAAUGUGCAGUGUGUACUGGGAUAUUACAGAGCCCCCAGUAAUGGGCAGUGUGUACUGGGAUAUUACAGAGUCCCCAGUAAUGUGCAGUGUGUACUGGGAUAUUACAGAGCCCCCAGUAAUGUGCAGUGUGUACUGGGAUAUUACAGAGCCCCCAGUAAUGUGCAGUGUGUACUGGGAUAUUACAGCGCCCCCCAGUAAUGUACAGUGUGUACUGGGAUAUUUACAGAGCCCCCAGUAAUGUGCAGUGUGUACUGGGAUAUUACAGAGCUGCCCCCAGUAAUGUGCAGGGUGUACUGGGAUAUUACAGAACCCCCAGUAUUGUGCAGUGUGUACUGGGAUAUUACAGAGCCCCAAGUAAUGUGCAGUGUGUCCUGGGAUAUUACAGAGUCCCCAGUAAUGUGCAGUGUGUACUGGGAUAUUACAGAGCCCCCAGUAAUGUGCAGUGUGUACUGGGAUAUUACAGAGCCCCCAGUAAUGUGCAGUGUGUACUGGGAUAUUACAGCGCCCCCCAGUAAUGUACAGUGUGUACUGGGAUAUUACAGUGCCCCCGGUAAUGUGUAAUACUGGGAUAUUACAGCACCCCCAGUAAUGUGCAGUGUGUACUGGGAUAUUACAGCGCCCCCAGUAAUGUGCAGUGUGUACUGGGAUAUUACAUAGCCCCCAGUAAUGUGCAGUGUGUACUGGGAUAUUACAGAGCCCCCAUUAAUGUGCAGUGUGUACUGGGAUAUUACGCAGCCCACCGUAAUGUGCAGUGUGUACUGGGAUAUUACAUAGCCCCCAGUAAUGUGCAGUGUGUACUUGGAUAUUACAGAGCCCCCAGUAAUGUGCAGUGUGUACUGCGAUAUUACAGAGUCCCCAGUAAUGUGUAAUACUGGGAUAUUACAGAGCCCCCCAGUAAUAUGCAGUGUUUACUGGGAUAUUACAGAGUCCCCCAGUAAUGUGCAGUGUGUACUGGGAUAUUACAGAGCCCCCAGUAAUGUGCAGUGUGUACUGGGAUAUUACAGAGCCCCCAGUAAUGUGCAGUGUGUACUGGGAUAUUACAGAGCCCCCAGUAAUGUGCAGCGUGUACUGGGAUAUUACAGAGUCCCCAGCAAUGUGCAGUGUGUACUGGGAUAUUACAGAGUCCCCAGUAACGUGCAGUGUGUACUGGGAUAUUACAGAGUCCCCAGUAAUGUGCAGGGUGUACUGGGAUAUUACAGAGCCCCCAGUAUUGUGCAGGGUGUACUGGGAUAUUACAGAGUCCCCAGUAAUGUGCAGUGUGUACUGGGAUAUUACAGAGCCCCCAGUAAUGUGCAGCGUGUACUGGGAUAUUACAGAGUCUCCAGUAAUGUGCAGGGUGUACUGGGAUAUUACAGAGUCCCCAGUAAUGUGCAGAGUGUACUGGGAUAUUACAGAGCCCCCAGUAAUGUGCAGUGUGUACUGGGAUAUUACAGAGUCCCCAGUAACGUGCAGUGUGUACUGGGAUAUUACAGAGUCCCCAGUAAUGUGCAGGGUGUACUGGGAUAUUACAGAGCCCCCAGUAUUGUGCAGGUGUACAGGGAUAUUACAGAGCCCCCAGUAUUGUGCAGGGUGUACUGGGAUAUUACAGAGCCCCCAGUAAUGUGCAGUGUGUACUGGGAUAUUACAGAGCCCCCAGUAAUGUGCAGUGUGUACUGGGAUAUUACAGAACUCCCAGUAAUGUGCAGCGUGUACUGGGAUAUUACAGAGUCCCCAGCAAUGUGCAGUGUGUACUGGGAUAUUACAGAGUCCCCAGUAACGUGCAGUGUGUACUGGGAUAUUACAGAGUCCCCAGUAAUGUGCAGGGUGUACUGGGAUAUUACAGAGCCCCCAGUAUUGUGCAGGGUGUACUGGGAUAUUACAGAGUCCCCAGUAAUGUGCAGUGUGUACUGGGAUAUUACAGAGCCCCCAGUAAUGUGCAGCGUGUACUGGGAUAUUACAGAGUCUCCAGUAAUGUGCAGGGUGUACUGGGAUAUUACAGAGUCCCCAGUAAUGUGCAGAGUGUACUGGGAUAUUACAGAGCCCCCAGUAAUGUGCAGUGUGUACUGGGAUAUUACAGAGUCCCCAGUAAUGUGCAGUGUGUACUGGGAUAUUACAGAGUCGCCAGUAAUGUGCAGUGUGUACUGGGAUAUUACAGAGUCCCCAGUAAUGUGCAGUGUGUACUGGGAUAUUACAGAGUACCCAGUAAUAUGCAAUGUGUACUCCAAUGUGCAGUGUGUACUGGGAUAUUACAGAACUCCCAGUAAUGUGCAGUGUGUACUGGGAUAUUACAGAGCCCCCCCUGUAAUGUGCAGUGUGUACUGGGAUAUUACAGAGUCCCCAGUAAUGUGCAGUGUGUACUGGGAUAUUACAGAGUUCCCAGUAAUGUGCAGUGUGUACUGGGAUAUUACAGAGCCCUCAGUAAUGUGCAGUGUGUACUGGGAUAUUACAGAGCCCCCAGUAAUGUGCAGCGUGUACUGGGAUAUUACAGAGUCCCCAGUAAUGUGCAGAGUGUACUGGGAUAUUACAGAGUCCCCAGUAAUGUGCAGUGUGCACUGGGAUAUUACAGUGUCCCCAGUAAUGUGCAGUGUGUACUGGGAUAUUACAGAGUCCCCAGUAAUGUGCAGUGUGUACUGGGAUAUUACAGAGCCACCAGUAAUGUGCAGCGUGUACUGGGAUGUUACAGAACCCCCAGUAAUGUUCAGCGUGUACUGGGAUAUUACAGAGCCCCCAGUAAUGUGCAGUGUAUAUUGGGGUAUUACAGAGCCCCCAGUAAUGUGCAGUGUGUACUGGGAUAUUACAGAGUCCCCAGUAAUGUGCAGAGUGUACUGGGAUAUUACAGAGUCCCCAGUAAUGUGCAGUGUGUACUGGGAUAUUACAGAGUCCCCAGUAAUGUGCAGUGUGUACUGGGAUAUUACAGAGCCCCCUGUGCAAUGUGCAGUGUGUACUGGGAUAUUACAGAGCCCCCAGUAAUGUGCAGUGUGUACUGGGAUAUUACAGAGUCCCCAGUAAUGUGCAGUGUGUACUGGGAUAUUACAGAGCCCCCAAUAAUGUGCUGUGUGUACUGGGAUAUUACAGAGUCCCCAGUAAUGUGCAGUGUGUACUGGGAUAUUACAGCGCCCCCAGUAAUGUGCAGUGUGUACUGGGAUAUUACAGAAUCCCCAGUAAUGUGCAGUGUGUACUGGGAUAUUACAGAGCCCCCAGUAAAGUGCUGUGUGUAUUGGGAUAUUACAGAGUCCCCAGUAAUGUGCAGUGUGUACUGGGAUAUUACAGAGCCCCCAGUAAUGUGCUGUGUGUACUGGGAUAUUGCAGAGUCCCCAGUAAUGUGCAGUGUGUACUGUGAUAUUACAGAGCCCCCAGUAAUGUGCUGUGUGUACUGGGAUAUUACAGAGUCCCCAGUAAUGUGCAGUGUGUACUGGGAUACUACAGAGUCCCCAGUAAUGUGCUGUGUGUACUGGGAUAUUACAGAGCCCCCCAGUAAUGUGCUGUGUGUACUGGCAUAUUACAGAGCCCCCAGUAAUGUGCUGUGUGUACUGGGAUAUUACAGAGCCCCCAGUAAUGUGCUGUGUGUACUGGGAUAUUACAGAGCCCCCAGUAAUGUGCUGUGUGUACUGGGAUAUCACAGAGCCCCCAGUAAUGUGCAGUGUGUACUGGGAUAUUACAGAACCCCCAGUAAUGUGCCGUGUGUACUGAUAUUACAGAGUCCCCGGUAGUAAUGUGCAGGGUGUACUGGGAUAUUACAGAGCCCCCAGUAUUGUGCAGGGUGUACUGGGAUAUUACAGAGUCCCCAGUAAUGUGCAGUGUGUACUGGGAUAUUACAGAGCCCCCAGUAAUGUGCAGCGUGUACUGGGAUAUUACAGAGUCUCCAGUAAUGUGCAGGGUGUACUGGGAUAUUACAGAGUCCCCAGUAAUGUGCAGAGUGUACUGGGAUAUUACAGAGCCCCCAGUAAUGUGCAGUGUGUACUGGGAUAUUACAGAGUCCCCAGUAAUGUGCAGUGUGUACUGGGAUAUUACAGAGUCGCCAGUAAUGUGCAGUGUGUACUGGGAUAUUACAGAGUCCCCAGUAAUGUGCAGUGUGUACUGGGAUAUUACAGAGUACCCAGUAAUAUGCAAUGUGUACUCCAAUGUGCAGUGUGUACUGGGAUAUUACAGAACUCCCAGUAAUGUGCAGUGUGUACUGGGAUAUUACAGAGCCCCCCCUGUAAUGUGCAGUGUGUACUGGGAUAUUACAGAGUCCCCAGUAAUGUGCAGUGUGUACUGGGAUAUUACAGAGUUCCCAGUAAUGUGCAGUGUGUACUGGGAUAUUACAGAGCCCUCAGUAAUGUGCAGUGUGUACUGGGAUAUUACAGAGCCCCCAGUAAUGUGCAGCGUGUACUGGGAUAUUACAGAGUCCCCAGUAAUGUGCAGAGUGUACUGGGAUAUUACAGAGUCCCCAGUAAUGUGCAGUGUGCACUGGGAUAUUACAGUGUCCCCAGUAAUGUGCAGUGUGUACUGGGAUAUUACAGAGUCCCCAGUAAUGUGCAGUGUGUACUGGGAUAUUACAGAGCCACCAGUAAUGUGCAGCGUGUACUGGGAUGUUACAGAACCCCCAGUAAUGUUCAGCGUGUACUGGGAUAUUACAGAGCCCCCAGUAAUGUGCAGUGUAUAUUGGGGUAUUACAGAGCCCCCAGUAAUGUGCAGUGUGUACUGGGAUAUUACAGAGUCCCCAGUAAUGUGCAGAGUGUACUGGGAUAUUACAGAGUCCCCAGUAAUGUGCAGUGUGUACUGGGGUAUUACAGAGUCCCCAGUAAAUGCAGUGUGUACUGGGAUUACAGAGUCCCAGUAAUGUGCAGAGUGUACUGGGAUACAGAGCCCCCAGUAAUGUGCAGUGUGUACUGGGAUAUUACAGAGUCCCCAGUAAUGUGUGCAGAGGUACUGAUAAUACAGGAGCCCCAGUAAUGUGCAGUGUACUGGGAUAUUACAGUGUCCCCAGUAAUGUGCAGGUGUACUUGGGAUAUUACAGAGCCCCCAGAAUGCAGUGUGUACUGGGAUAUUACAGAGUCCCCAGUAAUGUGCAGUGUGUACUGACAUUACAGAGCCCCCCAGUAAUGUGCAGUGUGUACUGGGAUAUUACAGAGCCCCCAGUAAUGUGCAGCGGUACUGGAUAUUACACAGCCCCUCAGUAAUGUGCAGCAUGUACUGGGAUACACAGCCCCACUAAUGUGCAGUGUGUACUGGGAUAUUACAGAGUCCCCAGUAAUGCAGUGUGUACUGAUAUUACAGAGCCCCCCUGUAAUGUGCAGUGUGUACUGGGAUAUUACAGAGCUCCCAGUAAUGUGCAGUGUGUAGUGGGAUAUUACAGAGCCCCCUGUAAUGUGCAGUGUGUAUUGGGAUAUUACAGAGCCUCCAGUAAUGUGCAGUGUGUACUGGGAUAUUACAGAGCCCCCAGUAAUGUGCAGUGUGUACUGGGAUAUUACAGAGCCCCCAGUAAUGUGCAGUGUGUACUGGGAUAUUACAGAGUCCCCAGUAAUGUGCAGAGUGUACUGGGAUAUUACAGAGUCCCCAGUAAUGUGCAGUGUGCACUGGGAUAUUACAGUGUCCCCAGUAAUGUGCAGUGUGUACUGGGAUAUUACAGAGUCCCCAGUAAUGUGCAGUGUGUACUGGGAUAUUACAGAGUCCCCAGUAAUGUGCAGUGUGUACUGGGAUAUUACAGAGUCCCCAGUAAUGUGCAGUGUGUACUGGGAUAUUACAGAGCCCCCCGUAAUAUGCAGCGUGUGCUGGGAUAUUACAGAGUCCCCAGUAAUGUGCAGAGUGUACUGGGAUAUUACAGAGUCGCCAGUAAUGUGCAGUGUGUACUGGGAUAUUACAGAGUCCCCAGUAAUGUGCAGUGUGUACUGGGAUAUUACUGAGCCCCCAGUAAUGUGCAGCGUGUACUGGGAUGUUACAGAACCCCCAGUAAUGUGCAGCGUGUACUGGGAUGUUACAGAACCCCAAGUAAUGUUCAGCGUGUACUCGGAUAUUACAGAGCCCCCAGUAAUGUGCAGUGUAUAGUGGGGUAUUACAGAGCCCCCAGUAAUGUGCAGGGUGUACUGGGAUAUUACAGAGCCCCCAGUAAUGUGCAGGGUGUACUGGGAUAUUACAGAGCCCCCAGUAAUGUGCAAUGUGUACUGGGAUAUUACAGAGUCCCCAGUAAUGUGCAGUGUGUACUGGGAUAUUACAGAGUCCAAAGUAAUGUGCAGAGUGUACUGGGAUAUUACAGAGUCCCCAGUAAUGUGCAGUGUUUGCUGGGAUAUUACAGAGCCCCCAGUAAAGUGCAGUGUGCACUGGGAUAUUACAGAGUCCCCAGUAAUGUGCAGGGUGUACUGGGAUAUUACAGAGCCCCCAGUAAUGUGCAGUGUGUACUGGGAUAUUACAGAGUCCCCAGUAAUGUGCAGUGUGUACUGGGAUAUUACAGAGCCACCAGUAAUGUGCAGCGUGUACUGGGAUAUUACAGAGUCCCCAGUAAUGUGCAGCGUGUACUGGGAUAUUACAGAGCCCCCAGUAAUGUGCAGUGUGUACUGGAAUAUUACAGAGUCCCCAGUAAUGUGCAGGGUGUACUGGGAUAUUACAGAGCCUCCAGUAAUGUGCAGUGUGUACUGGGAUAUUACAGAGCCCCCAGUAAUGUGCAGCGUGUACUGGGAUAUUACAGAACCCCCAGUAAUGUUCAGUGUGUACUGAGAUAUUACAGAGCCCGCAGUAAUGUGCAGUGUGUACUGGGAUAUUACAGAGUCCCCAGUAAUGUGCAGUGUGUACUGGGAUAUUACAGAGACCCCAGUAAUGUGCAGUGUGCACUGGGAUAUUACAGAGCCCCCAGUAAUGUGCAGUGUGUACUGGGAUAUUACAGAGAGCCCAGUAAUGUGCAGUGUGUACUGGGAUAUUACAGAGUCCCCAGUAAUGUGCAGUGUGUACUGGGAUAUUACAGAGCCCCCAGUAAUGUGCAGUGUGGACUGGGAUAUUACAGAGCCCCCAGUAAUGUGCAGUGUGUACUUGGACACACUUCUAGAACACUCCAGGCACCAUAACUACUUUUGCUAUUUGCAUGUAAUAAUUUAUACACUGUAAAAUAGUUGUAUUCAUUUAUUUGCUCUUUUGAUCAAUCUUUAUUUCAGAAAUUCCAUCAAGAAAGCACAUAUACACGGAGCGACCUUUGGCCUCUCUCAAGCCAUCAUGUUUUUUGCAUACGCCGGUUGUUUCAGGUUUGGGGCGUUCCUGGUGGCUACCGGCGCAAUGGAAUUUGCUGAUGUUUUUCUGUGAGUGUUUAUGCCAUUCUGAGAAAUAAACAAUGGCCCACAAGGGCAAAUGAAAAUGUGGCCCUUUCAGCUGUUGUGUACUAUAGUCAUUGCUGCCACUCAGAAGUAGUGGGACUUUUAGUGCAGGACUUAAUUACGAUAGUUCUGUGGGACCCUACAUGCUUGUGUUAAUAGAAUGUGUAAUGACACUUACAUUCAUGUAGCUAUACAUUCAUAUAAGUUACCAUAUUGUAUGUAUCAGUCUGCAGUUUGUUUAGUAUGUGACAUGUUUUUUACAAGGUAAACAUAAUUGAGGUUUCAUAAAGAGCAUUAAUGCUUUAGAUACUUUUUUAAGAUUGAUCUGAUACCCACUAUUGGAUUACUCUUUGGAAAUACAAUGUAAUCUAUGCUUUAUGUAUUGAUUAAAUGCAGUAAUGGGUGAACCAUUACUUCUACAUAUAAUAGAUUAAAACAGUCCUCAUUAGAAUCCUUUUGUAUCUAUUAAAUGUUGCAGUUUUAAAGACUGUGACUUUCAUCACCCAUUGCAGCUAGCAUAACAUACACUUCUGAUUGACAUAUAAGAUUCCAGGCCAUGUUUCCAUGGCUUCCUUUAAUGGUGGCCUGCUCCUCAAUAAACAUCGGUUUUGACCCAAGCAUGUUUUUGGCUCUAGAUACAUAUGAGUACUUUCUGAAGACCUGUGUUGUCCCAUGACACAGCAUUGUUCAUUUGGGCUUCCAAAAUCACAAACAAACCUGACAAUAUUGCACUGUAUUGCUUUCCUAGGGUUUUCUCAGCCAUUGUGUUUGGAGCAAUGGCUUUGGGCCAGACCAGUUCCUUUGCGCCAGACUACGCAAAAGCAAAAAUGUCGGCAUCCCAUAUAUUCAGUUUAUUGGAACGAGAUCCACUGAUUGACAGCUACAGCAGCCAUGGAGAGGCACCAGUAAGUAACUGUUGCUGUAUUUAUGUUGUAUUAAAAAAAUGGAACCUUUCUCCCCACAUGUUAUGUAUAAAACUUUUUUUGUUUCUCUGUUUAUUUGAAUAAUAGUUCUUGGAUAGUAAAGAUAAACUACACGUAGGAUAGUAAAGGCAAACUACAUGUAGGAUAGUAAAGGCAAACUACACAUAGUAUAGUAAAGGUAAACUACACAUAGUAUAGGAAAGGCAAACUACAUGUAGGAUAGUAUAGUAUAGACAAACUACACGUAGGAUAGUAAAGGAAAACUACACAUAGUAUAGGAAAGGCAAACUACAUGUAGGAUAGUAAAGGCAAACUACAUGUAGGAUAGUAGAGUAUAGACAAAUUACACGUAGGAUAGUAAAGGCAAACUACACAUAGUAUAGUAAAGGCAAACUACAUGUAGUAUAGUAUACACAAACUACACGUAGGAUAGUAAAGGCAAACUACAUGUAGUAUAGUAAAGGCAAACUAAAUGUAGUAUAGUAUAGUAUACACAAACUACACGUAGGAUAGUAAAGGCAAACUACAUGUAGUAUAGUAAAGGCAAACUAAAUGUAGUAUAGUAUACACAAACUACACGUAGGAUAGUAAAGGCAAACUACACAUAGUAUAGUAAAGGCAAACUACAUGUAGUAUAGUAUACACAAACUACACGUAGGAUAGUAAAGGCAAACUACACGUAGUAUAGUAAAGGCAAACUACACGUAGUAUAGUAUAGACAAACUACACGUAGGAUAGUAAAGGCAAACUACAUGUAGCAUAGUAUAGUAUAGACAAACUAAAUGUAGUAAAGUAUAGUAUACACAAACUACACGUAGGAUAGUAAAGGCAAACUACACGUAGUAUAGUACAGGCAAACUACACGUAGUAUAGUAUAGACAAACUACACGUAGGAUAGUAAAGGCAAACUACACGUAGGAUCGUAAAGGCAAACUACAUGUAGCAUAGUAUAGUAUAGACAAACUACAUGUAGGAUAGUAUAGUAUAGACAAACUACAUGUAGGAUAGUAAAGGCAAACUACACAUAGUAUAGUAAAGGCAAACUUCAUGUAGUAUAGUAUAGUAUACACAAAUUACACAUAGUAUAGUAAAGGCAAACUUCAUGUAGUAUAGUAUAGUAUACACAAACUACAUGUAGGAUAGUAAAGGCAAACUACACGUAGUAUAGUAAAGGCAAACUACACGUAGUAUAGUAUAGACAAACUACACGUAGGAUAGUAAAGGCAAACUACACGUAGUAUAGUAAAGGCAAACUACACGUAGUAUAGUAUAGACAAACUACACGUAGGAUAGUAAAGGCAAACUACAUGUAGCAUAGUAUAGUAUAGACAAACUAAAUGUAGUAAAGUAUAGUAUACACAAACUACACGUAGGAUAGUAAAGGCAAACUACACGUAGUAUAGUACAGGCAAACUACACGUAGUAUAGUAUAGACAAACUACACGUAGGAUAGUAAAGGCAAACUACACGUAGGAUCGUAAAGGCAAACUACAUGUAGCAUAGUAUAGUAUAGACAAACUACAUGUAGGAUAGUAUAGUAUAGACAAACUACAUGUAGGAUAGUAAAGGCAAACUACACAUAGUAUAGUAAAGGCAAACUUCAUGUAGUAUAGUAUAGUAUACACAAACUACACAUAGUAUAGUAAAGGCAAACUUCAUGUAGUAUAGUAUACACAAACUACAUGUAGGAUAGUAAAGGCAAACUACACGUAGGAUCGUAAAGGCAAACUACAUGUAGCAUAGUAUAGUAUAGACAAACUACAUGUAGGAUAGUAUAGUAUAGACAAACUACAUGUAGGAUAGUAAAGGCAAACUACACAUAGUAUAGUAAAGGCAAACUUCAUGUAGUAUAGUAUAGUAUACACAAACUACACAUAGUAUAGUAAAGGCAAACUUCAUGUAGUAUAGUAAAGGCAAACUACACGUAGGAUAGUAUAGUAUACACAAACUACAUGUAGGAUAGUAAAGGCAAACUACAUGUAGAAUAGUAUAGGCAAACUACAUGUAGGAUAGUAAAGGCAAACUACACAUAGGAUAGUAUAGUAUACACAAACUACAUGUAGGAUAGUAAAGGCAAACUACACGUAGGAUAGUAUAGUAUACACAAACUACAUGUAGGAUAGUAAAGGCAAACUACAUGUAGAAUAGUAUAGUAUACACAAACUAAACGUAGGAUAGUAAAAGCAAACUGCACAGAGGAUACUACAGGCAAACUAGACUUGGGAUGCUAAAGACAAACUAUGUAUAGAAUAAAGUAUGAUAGUAAAGACAAUUUAGAGCUGUGAAUUUAUUUUUCAUUUACAGUUUUGUGAUGUUAUCAAAAUUUAAUUUUUAAACAUGAUUCGUUACCCUACAAACAGAAAUACAAUACUUUUUUUUUUUUAUAAAUAGUGCAGGUAAUAAUAACAAAACAUUUAACCAGGAAAGGUACACUCAGAUUACUCUAGUUUCCAAGUACAACCUGGAGAUGUUAAUUUUGUCCAACAUCCAGGGAAUGUUCCUAUUAUCCAGUUUAAGGGAACCCAUUUUAUCUACCUCGGAAGGAUGAAGGGCUGAGUCACCACUGCCGGGAAUUGACCCUGCAACCCCCAGGAGUAGAACUGAUGAUGCAUUAACCCAUUGAUGUUGAGGUUCUCCACUUCAUACCCAUCUCUGUGUGUUAUAUGGACAUUCUAAUUGAAAUGUAAAGUAUGUAAGAAUUGGAGAGGGAGGAAAGUAGGCAGCAAAAGUAUUAGUAGUCAUGCCCUAAUAUGUUUCUCUGCAGGGCACCUUGCUGUCAUUUAACACUGUUGUUUACUGUUGUUUACUGGUAUAAAACAUGUAUUGAUUGUAUUUUCCAAUAGAUUUCCACUAGAAGGAAUAAACCUAUUCCUAAAACUCUCACGUUGUGAAAUAUGCAUUAUUAACUAAUAGUAAUAUGUUGCCUUCUGAUAUUAAGUGAAGUGUGAUUUUUAUCAGCCAAUGAUGUACAUGGACAUAUUGUACACAUUAAUACUUGAACUGGUCAAUUUUUGUAUUUUUAAUUGCAGUAUUAUUAAAUGCAGCAAAAUUGAUCAAUGUAUUACAUCCCAAAGUCAGGCUGCAAUAACUCAAGCCUUUGUUAAUUUUUUGCAGCAAUACUGUGAUGGAAACGUGACAUUUAAAGGUGUACAGUUUAAUUACCCGACCCGGCCCGAUAUCCAGGUUCUUCAGGGGCUAAAUUUGACAGUGAAAAAUGGAGAAACAUUGGCACUGGUGGGCAGCAGUGGAUGCGGCAAAAGUACAACUGUCCAACUUUUGGAGAGGUUCUACGAACCACAUGAUGGAGAUGUGGUAAGCAGGCUAUACGUUUUUGUGCUCUUUUAAAAGAAACAGUCUAAGCAGCCUUCUCAUGUGCAGGAUUUUAGGAUAUUACAUAUACUACAUAUGCACCUUUUUAUGCCAAGUUUUAUAAAAUCUAGUAAUGGAAAGUGAUCCCAGAGAAAUAAUCCCAGGUGAAUCCAAUACCUAGUACCACAAAAAAUGCUUACAUUUAAACAAAAAAUAAAUACUACAUUUUGCCUGAACAUUUUUGUCAUUGAUGGCUAAACAUGAAACCCUAGAUGUGUCUGAACCGCAGUUCCUCUGAUUCUCAGCCAGCUGUAUAUGUGAUAUCACUGUUCCAUUCCAUUAAACAACAUUUCUUCAGUUGAAAAAACAACAGGCCAAUCAAAAAUGUGUAAUUGGCAUGUUUGGAAUAUUUACAUGGCAGUAAUUAGAAUGAGUAUAACAAAGGAAAGAAGUCCAGGCACUCCUUGGCUCAAAAAUAGGCAGUUUGUUGGAACCACAGCAACGUUUCGACCUUCUCGGUCUUUAUCAAGCUUGAUAAAGGCUGAAAAGGUCGAAACGUUGCUGUGGUUCCAAUAAACUGCCUAUUCUUGAACCAAAGAGUGCCUGGACCUCUUUCCUUUGUUAUACUACUUAUAUGGAAAUCUGGUGUUUAGUUCUGGUACAGCUAAGCACCCUGGCUCAGACUGAUGGGAGUGAGUGCAGUUCCCUGCACACUCUGGAAAGGUGAAUGAGGACAUUCAGAAUGCUUAAAAUAAAAAUGCUGAUCAGAAUACUGAUGUCAGACAGCUAUUAUUCAGAAUGCUGAAGUUCUGAACUCAGUUCAAAUUACCGACGGCUAAAUGCCGAAGCUGAAAAUGCUGUUGUUUAAAACUUGUUUAGAGUGCUGAAGUUGACAAUACUGACAUAUGGAAUGUUGUUGCGCAGAAUGCUGACACUUAGAAUGUGUUGGGUUAGAAUGCAUAAGUUACUCUGCAGUAUUAAUGGGAUUCUAAUUAAAAUGUAUUUUACUCCUAGUGUGUGGACGGCAACAGUGUGAAAAGCCUGAACAUCCAGUGGCUCAGAGCACAGAUGGGGAUAGUUUCCCAGGAACCCAUGUUGUUUGACUGCAGCAUUGCCGACAAUAUUGCAUAUGGUGACAACAGCAGAAAGGUGACACAAGAGGAGAUUGAAACGGCAGCAAGAGAAGCCAAUAUCCAUAACUUUAUUGUAUCUUUACCAGAUGUGAGUUGAAUGUUCACAUUUUGUACUGUCUAAUUAUUCAAUACUCUUCUGAUAAUCAUGGACAUUUCAUGCAGAAUUAUCAUUAAUGUGGCUUUAUACUGAUUCAUGCAAAGAGGGAGAUUCUUUCAAUAAUGCAGUUGUAACCACACGUUUUCCUUCAAUAUGCAUGCUUGCCAUGAAAUAGAACUGUCUGAAACAAGUUAGUGACUUUACCAGCUCUUAGCCUAUGCCCCAUACAUACAGUCUUGUGGAUUUAUAAUAAAACAAUAUUUUAGUAAAUUGCUUAUUUAUAGCAGUAAUGUAGAGUGAUUUACCCAUACAGACAUAUAUCCAUCAGCCAGUGUGCUUUGACUUAUCUUUCUUCCUAAACAUUGGAUGUGUUUUAUGUGCUGGUAUAAUUAGGUUUUUAAAUACUAUGUUUGUCUUAUUUAUAGUAGUCAUGUUUUAUUUAUAACCUUCUUACCUCCGUCUCUGCUAGAAAUAUAACACACGUGUUGGGGAUAAAGGGACCCAGCUCUCUGGAGGACAGAAGCAGAGGAUAGCCAUAGCUCGAGCUCUUGUACGGAAACCCAAAAUACUUCUACUGGAUGAAGCUACAUCUGCCCUGGAUACAGAGAGUGAAAAGGUCAGCUAUCCACCUCUUCCUUUGUAUAAAUAGUUUCUCACACUGCCUACAAUGUCAUUUCCUAAUGAAAUGUUUAUUCUAAUGCUUCAAGAUAGCGUUUAUUGGGCAUGAUUAAAUGUUAACGUCACCCUAUACGUUUUUUCUUUUGUGGGUUUUUGGAUGCAAGUUUGGAUGCAAGUUUGUACAAUAUGGGAUGUAAAUCUGGAUCUGUAUAUUGUACAUAGUAACAAUAUAAUUUAUAUUUUAGUGUGAAGGUUUUCACUUUGAACUAAGAUUUAUGUACAACAAUCCGGUUUCAUAUUCUACAGCACUGGAGCGUUUUCUUCCAUGUUUUAGUAGAUAAGUGAUAAAGAUGUUUGUGAAAAGUGUUGAGAUUUAGAAUCUAAUCAAUAAUAAUGAAUUACAGCCAAGUGCAAUCUAAUAUUUGCUCUCUUCAAAACACAAGCUGAGAAACAAACAUUCCUCUUUGACCUUCAAAAUUGUCCCAAAAAAAAUGUCUUCAUAAUUGUAUCUAAAAAUCAUGUGCACUAUUGUAGAUGUUGUCACUUACAUAAUGCCUUGUGUUGUCUAUCAGGUGGUACAAGAAGCUCUGGACAAAGCCAGACAAGGUCGCACUUGUAUUGUGAUAGCUCAUCGGUUGUCCACUGUCCAAAAUGCGGAUAAAAUUGCAGUGAUCCAGAAUGGACAGAUUGUAGAACAAGGGACACAUCAACAGCUCAUACAGCAGAAAGGAGUCUACUAUUCACUGGUCAAUAUACAGCUUGGCCAAACAUGA